GCGCGCAGCUGUCAGCAGAGGAAGAUGGCGGAGGGCGGAGUGGUGGAUCUGGAGACUCAGAGAACUGAAGUGUCCGCUUUACUGAAAACCCAGCUGCGGAGAGGGGACACGUGGUGAGCGGGCAGUGACCGGCCCGGGGGGGCCUGGUGGGUGGGAGGUUAAUGAAUAUCUGUAUCAUGUCCUGCCGUGCGGGGAGCACCGAGCAACCCCGGGGACCGGCCGGAACACUGUGUGUGUCCCAGCACUGACUGACAGCCUCACUGCAUGCACUCAAUGACAUGGGACAGCAUACCCUAAAUCACUGCCCCCCCCCAAAUCACUGCCCUCCCAAAUCACUGCCCCCCCUAAAUCACUGCCCUCCCCCCAAAUCACUGCCUCCCCUAAAUCACUGCCCUCAAAUUACUGCCCUCCCAAAUCACUGCCCUCAAAUUACUGCCCUCCCAAAUCACUGCCCCCCCCUAAAUCACUGCCCCCCUAAAUCACUGCCCCACAAAUCACUGCCUCCCAAUUCACUGCCCUCCAAAUCACUGCCUCCAAAUCUGCUGUAUUCCCCUAAAAUGAGAAACUCCCUCUGAAAUCCCAAUUCAAUAACCCUGUCAAUCACCUUACACUCUUUGCUUUUCAGACUAACGCACACAUAAGGUAAAGAGACUUAUUCGUAUAAAAAUGUGAUGAAAAUAAUGAAUAAACCACCACUAUUUUAAAUCCAUUAAAAAAAAUAUAUACAUUUUUACACACCGGAAGGUUUAAAAUUAAAAGAGCAGUGGGAGUGGGAAAAAAACCCAAUAGCUAAGCAUUUUGGGAACCAACCACAUUUAUUCAUUGUCUUGUCCUUUUUGUGUUCAUUUGGCCACAGAAAUGUUUCCUGGCACUAUAGUUGUUAUGCUGCUUGGGGUUUUCCCAUUGUUAAGAAUCAAACCAUUUUUCAACUUUGGGAAACUGUGGUCGAAUCCCUCUUCACAGCUAUCUCUAAAACAUAAGUUCCCCUUCCAUAUUAGCGAUAUAAAUUUUUCAUUAUGUGUACAAAAUGUAUAUUGUUCUAUCAGAAAGGGAAUGUCUGCUUUCGUGAUAUUUCUGAAAAUAGGCAGUGAGUCCUCAGGAAAACCAAGUGUCUAACCAUUUGAAAAUGGUUUUAUUGUUAUUUAGCUGGAACACCACCAGGGGAUUUCUGGCACUAUAACCACUACAGCACACUAAUUGUUAUGGUGCUUAGAUUGUCCCUUUACGCGUUUAACAACAUACUGGUGAUUAAUUCAUGCACAGUUUAAUUUUUUGUAAGUAUCGGCUGAUAAUCACCAGCAAUACAGGUAAUGAAUGAGUGGGCCUGCGCGUCCAUAAGGCGGCACAAGCGGCCCGUUGGGCGCUAGAUCGGAGUGACCGGCAGGAGGUGGGCGCACAGCGCUCCCUCCUGCCUGGCACUCUGUUUUGUGUGGCCGAGCGGAGCAGUGCAGGCCAGGAAGUUAUGUUUCCUGUACACGGCCGGACUGAAAGGAAGUGCUCGAUGAGAGAACUCUUCUUGUCAGUCCGGCCGGGUCCAGGAGACUGAAUCUGCCACGCUACAAGGAGACACACCGGGGGGCGGGGACCAAGGAGGUGAGAGAGGGGCACUAAGGGACAGGGGAGUGGAGGGGGGUCGACACUAUGGGACAGGGGGUGUUAAGGAUCACUAUAGGAUGGGGGUGGUAGAACUCUAUGAGACAGGGGUUGGGGUGGAAAGGAACCCUAUGGGGGAGGUUGAGUGGAAAGGAACACUAUGUAAGUGGGGUGGUAAGGAACACUAUGUAAGUGGGGUGGUAAGGAACACUAUGUAAGGGGGUGGUAAGGAACACUAUGGGACAGGGAAGGGUGGUGAAGAACACUAUGGGACAGGGAAGGGGGGUGAAGAACACAUAUGGGACAGGGAAGGGGGUGAUGAACACUAUGGGACAGGGAAGGGGGUGAUAGACACUAUGGGACAGGGAAGGAGGGUGAUACAGAACUUUUUGCCUAGGACGAAGGGGAAGGGAGGGGAAUUUGAGAACUUUGUGGGACGGGGGGGUGCUUGAAGGGGCUUUUCUUGGGACGGGGAGGGGGUGAAGGCACUAUGGGACAGGGAAGGGGGUGAAGAACACUAUGGGACAGGGAAGGGGGGGUGAAGAACACUAUGGGACAGGGAAGGGGGGGGGUGAAGAACACUAGUGGGGAGAGAGCGACAUUAAGGGAGGACACUAAGGUAUAGGGGAGGUAAGGGAAAAGGAACACUGGGGUAGGAGGAGGUCCACUAAAAGAGAACAUAGAGGAAUGGGGGAGGGGGAUGGGAGUUCCUACCGCACAUAUUUACACACAAACACACUGCAUACACUACACAAACACACACACUGAAUCCACUACCCACACUGCAUCCACUACAUAAACACACACACACACACACACUGCGUUUACUAAUCAAAUACACUCACUGCAUCCACUACACACACACACACAAAUACUAUUGAAAACAUAAAUAAAAAUCUGAUUGGCAUGUAUGUGCAUUUACCACUUAAUUAAAAAAAAAAUAAGGUAAAGGUACAGAAUAUUGGUAAGCUAUCGGCCUGAAAGUUCACAGAUUAUAGGUAUCGGUUCUAAAAAUCAAUAUCGGUCUCCCUAGUAUUGAUUAAAGUCUGUAUGCUUUCAGGUGCUAUCUCUCAAACUUUUUCUUUCAUAUGGGAGAGGCUUUGCUAAUACGUGUCAAGAGGACGUAUUCAAUUAUAUCAACUACAGCAGGGCUUAGAGCCAGAGAGAUUUAGCUGCUUACCCAAUUUACGUAUCCAAAAAUGAAUCUGGAAACCUUGGUGAGCCUAGCAUUAUAAGAUGUUGCAGUCCUUACUUAGAGGAUAAUUUAUAUUUAUAAUGUAGCUAGACUACCAGAUACAGGUGAUCGGUUGUUGCUACUUGGAAUUCCAUCCACAAUUCGUCACUUCACGUUGGCCAAGAACAACUGCUUUACUUGGAACAUGUUUACCAGUGAAAAAGCCACCAUGACUUUUAUUAAAACAGAAUGCUGUUCCUUUUUUUUAUUAAGUAAAUAACAUUUACCGUUUAAGACAGGCUUCUGCCAUUUUCACAAUAAUCUGGUCAGUGCUAUCAUGGAAUACAAACCUAAUUACAAACCUAAUUUUGGUUUUGUAAAUAUACUUAUUGCAAAAUAAAUAAAAAUGCAUGUUGCAUUCUUCACUUUUGUGUGCUCUGAAUACAGCAGUUCUCAGUGAUCUCCAUUGAUAUACAAUGACUGUAAAAUCACUGAUGGGAGGUAACUUGUAAUCAACUGUGAGCAAGAGACUGUCAUUAUGUGUUUCCUCUUUAUAGUUACAUCAUGUAAUACCUGUAAAUAAGUGACAGACUGUAUUUGUUUGCUGUGUACCAUACGUGGCCUGCAAUGCUUUACAUAUUACCUGUUGCAGUAUGCUGUCCAAAGGAAUAAAAAAAAUAUUUGACUCCGCUUAGACUAUGUAUAUGACAUAUGGCUGUUAGAAAUAUUGUUACUCGUCUAAAUUUCUGGAUCAUUUUACAAAGUUUAUGAAUGGCUAUUAAUCAGAUGGCUUCGGAAUUCUAGAAUUAUUUAUCAGUCCCUGAGCACUAUCUUUCUUAAUAUACUUUUAUGUGUUGCUUUAUUUUUGGGUUGUGUGUUCCAGUGCUCACCAAUGCCGUAUGAGAGUUUUAAAACAAGUAGCAAUAGUGCCCAAUAGUCAGCACUGCUUUUUGAUAUGCUUUUUAAAAGUAUUGUUCAUGCAUAAGCACUGCUGAACAAAAUAAAUCUAGGGUUGCCCCACAGGUUUGUUGAAAUCUACUGAUUUCAAUGGAGAAGUGAUGGUUAGAAGGAAACGUGUAAAUCACUAAAAUUCAGGAAAGCAUUCUGCAUCUGUCAUCACUUCUUUUCCUUGCUUCAUUUGCUUUUCAAUUUAGUUCUUGAUGUUCUCGUCGGCUCUGCCAGUUGUCUGCAAUGAACAAGCAUGCUGGUUUUCUUUCUGGUAAGAGCUGCAGGCUGGUGAAGAUAUGUCCUUAUCAGUAUUCCUAAAUUGGUAGUUGCCAUAUAUAGUCUGUCUCUGAUUCCAGAAACUUGUUUUAAUAGCAGGGAGCUGUGCUGUACUUGUGAUCACCAUAUAUGUUUAAUAUUCUAUCCAGAAGCAUUGCAAGGCUGUGAAUUAAAAAGAUGGGAUAAGCUUACCUUUAUUUUGGUAAUUAUCUGUCUAUACCCCCGGGUGUUACUGUUUAGCAAGGACAAAACUUCUUCUCACAUUCUCAUCUUGUUGUGUUUCUUCUUUGCACAUUAAAUCAUUUUGGUCUGUAUGCAUGUGUAAUGGAUAUAAGGCGUCUUUAUACCACCGCAAAGGUACAUGGAAAUUUAGUUUAUAGGAAUAAAUAAGUAUUGUUCUAAAUGGAGUUUUCAGUUAUACAAAUGGCAGUAAAAACAACUAAAUGUUGGUAAAAUAGCCAAGCCCAUGCUCCGAUAUCAAGCCACACACUUCUAAAAUCGACAUCUCCAUCUUGGACCUCUUGGCCAAAGCUUCUGCUAGCAACAACAGGCACAUUAGCAAAGGUGUGAUCCACAUAGCAGUGAUCAGUGUGACUCAUACUGUAAUUCUGCCUUAUGUCAUGUGCUGUAUCUCCAGAGCUGAACUUAUCAGUGCUGCAUUGGUCACAUUGAUGUAUAUUGGGGAAUAGGUCUCCCCAACAACAGUAGUAAGCAGAUAAGGGGAGGCUUUACCAUCAUAUGAGCAGGGCCGGCCUCAACCCCUCUGUUCCUGUGUGUCCAACUUGUCUGGUUACAACUACAUGUUUGUUCGUCCACCCACUGUAAAGCGCUGCGGAAUUUGUUGGCGCUAUAUAAAUAAUAACAUAAUAAUCAGAAUGGGCUACUAUUGGCAAUCUGGAGGGUAGGGGAAUUGAUAACGAAUAUAACUAGUGUGGGGAAUGGGCUAGUAUUGGAACUGAGAAAGGAGAAAAAGGAAUGGGCUUUUAACUGCUACUGGCAGGUGGAAGCGGAAAUUAGGUACUACAGGCUGAGAUGGUGGGGAAUAGACUACUAGUGGAUGGGCAACUACGGGCAUAGUGAAGAGGAAGUAGGCUACUACAGGCAGUGAGGAGGUAUUAGUGUAAGAAUUGGCUAUUACGGGAAGCAGGAAGAAUGGACUAUUAUGGGUAAUGGAUAAAUUUGGCUUUUUCUAGCAAUAGGAUGGGGAAGGGAGAACAGGAUUAUUUGGGGAAUUUGGUGGUGAUGGUCUGGAGGUAAUGAGUGAUAUAGUGCAGCAGUGGGUAGAGUGGUACUACAGGCAGUAAAGAGGGGGUUGGGGAGUAUUGGCUAAUAUGGACAGUGUUUAUGAGAGGAUGGGUUACUACUGUCAGUUUAAGUAAUGCCAUAACUUGUCUCCUGACAUCACAGCAUGGUGCACGAAGGAGCUGUGCUGGAAGAUCAUAAAGAUUAGUCUCCCUCGCUGCCUCGGCCUCCUUUCUACCCUCAGGCAUUGUAUUUGGGCAGAAUAGUCACCUGUAGUCCGGGUAAGCAGGUGCCCAAUCUGCCUUAGUGCAAAGCCGGCUGCCUCCUGAGCAGGCGCUACGAUGGCUAUCUGGCCAGCUCUUGGCAUACCCCCUGGGAUACCAAUACCAUUGGUUGAAAAUACAUUUAUAGAGAUUAACUCUACAGAGGUUUCUCUUAGAGACGGUAGUUAGAAAAUAAACUAAGGCUUGAAGGUUUGCUUAUGAAGUUCUGUAAGAUCACAUCACUUUAUUCUAUCCAAAUGUAUUUAAAGUGACCAUUAACUGCAGUUUAGAUCAGACAAGAGUGGAAGAGGGGAAUAUGUGCUUGUUAAAUGCAGUAUUAGCACAUACAAACACUGGUUAGCAUUAAAGGUAUGGGCAGAAAUUACAGCCUGCUUUACUGGUCGUGGUUCCAUGAGUGCCCUUGCAGGCCUCUUUUGAUUCCGAUCUCUCUUCCAACACGUGUUUCAGAAAGUUGCUGCAGACAUGCACAAGUCUAUUUUUCUCGAUUAUAAAUUUGUUAAACUCUUACAGCUUGGCCGUGUCCGUUGCCAAAGAACAUUACUUCAGUUCCCUUAUAACCAUAUUCUCUUGUAAUCCUAAAUGCAUUUUUGUCACUUCCAACACAUGGCUUAACCCCAUUGCUAAUGUCCCUUCCAAUAAUUUAACAGCUCUAAACUUUGCAGCUUAUUUCACAGAGACAAAUGGCUGCUAUCAUGCAUGAGAUCUCAACAAUCUCCCCUUCCCCUACUCAUGAAAAUCUCAGCACAAUCUGAUUGUCUAUCCUAAGACCUCUCAUACCCACUAUGCAUAGUUGUUUCCACUGCAAAUCCCAGCACAUGCAUGGGCAAGUGCUCCAGUUGACACUGGCAGACACCUAUCUAGUCAGGAAGGGGCAGCACUAAAUAGUAGCAUCUCAUUCUGGUCUGUGGCUUUUUCUUAUUUCCUAAACCCUUGUCCAUGGAUUUAUGAAAUAUGCAGUAUAGUUCCUAACCACAGUUUCUCUCAUCACCAGAAAGAGUGCAACUGUUACUGAUACAUUCAGCAGCUGCUAUCAGUUUAUUCACAACCCAGCUCUCUUGUGAACCAGACUCCAUGCUAAGAUCUGCUGAGCCACUAGGCUGUGUGCAUGUAUCUCCUAUGAUGCUGACCCCAUGUGAUCUCUCAACAAAAUGACAUGGAUGCGUAAUUGCUUUUAUGAUACAGGAGCUAUGAUGAAUCAAGAAACCGUAUUUGGCUUACUCGUUGUAACAUAAGAUGAACUGCGCACACCAGGGCUGGGACUGACCUAAUUGCUUAAUGCAUUAAAGGUACACUUCAAAUCCUUAAACCAGUUCUCCUUUCAGGAUAAAUCGACACUAUUAUGAAUUAGUUUGGAACACUAGUCAAGCUGGCAGCUCCUCUUGAACGAUAAUGAAGAACUUCCGUUGGGAAGUGUUAGUAAUGUUUCCCUGUAAGAAAUAUUCUUUUAGAUUGCCCAAUUCUAUUGGCACACAUGUGCCAAUUUGUGCAGGACUGAAAGGGGAGGACAAGUAAAGCAUUGGUGAAAGGGCCUCUCCUUUAUUUUUUUUAAUUCUGGUGGGGGCAGUAGCUCCCAUGUAUUAGGUUAAAGUGACACUCCAAAGAUUGGAGUGUUCAUUUAAUCUAUAUAAUAAAAUAACUGCUUGUCGUUAACAUUCCUAAUUCUGCUGCAAGGGCAUGUGCUAGCUAGCACCCACCAGACCGUUUCCAAGGACAGACUUGCAGCCCCACAUACUGUCUAAAAUUGGUCUCUGAUUAUGAUGUAGUUCAGCUCAGUGUCACUUCCACUCACUAGAAUUGAUGUGUGUAACUAUUAAAUAAAUGGACUGCAGCCAUACCAUUGCUGUUAUCGUAUUACUCACAUCCCCAUUCACAGUCUGUGGCUCACACAAACUACAGGAGCUGUAAAGGAAUGUCUACAACAAUUUUGCAAAUCACUGCAGUCAUAUCGUGUGUGCAGCAGUUUUGCAAAUCACUGCAGUCAUAUCAUAUGUACAGCGAUUUUUCUAAUCACUGCAGUUAUAAAGCAAUCUAAUCAGGGAUAGAAGGAAUAGGCUGUUUCUGAGGGUUUUUGUGACAUUCUUCUGGACUCCCUAAUAGAGCUGAGUCUUGGGGUCACUUGUAUACUACAACUGUGCUUGACAAAUUUGUUUGGAAUCUAGGAACCAGUUAAAAAAGUUAGGAGCCAGUUAUUUUUUUUUCAACAAAUUUUGAGUUUAAUUUUUAACAAGAAAAAUGCAAUUCUUAAGGGACACUAUAGACAGCUUGUACCUGCAGACCUUUCAAUGUAAACACAUUGCUGCCUAGUAACACCUCUAGUGACAGUCACUCAGAUGGCCACUAGAGAGUCCUUGGUCAGUGCUGCACAGAGUGCAGCACCUACAUUCAGCGUCUCAAUGCUCUGCAUGGAGGCUCCGAAUCUUCCCCCAUAGUGAUGCAUUGAUUCAGGGCAUCUCUAUGCUGAUUGGUACAGUGCUGUGUUUUGCUUUGCAUGCGCAAUAUCCUCCCAAUGCUUUCCCAUGGGAAAACAUUGGCAUAGGUGAGAUCAUUAAGAUAGAUCAUUUUAGCCAUGGAGGCAGGACUAGCUAUGGUGAAAUCGACACGGCAUGGGGAAAAGGUGAGUAAAAACACCUUUGUCGUGCGAUUGGAGGGGGGCAGGUACCUACACAGAGAUACACACACUGACAUUUUUAUUCUAACUGAAAUUCACCCAGCCUCCUUACUUUUGGGAAAGCUGAGUGGAUCUUUCCCAGGGAUCCAGUGAGGCUGCUCUCUCUUCCUCUGUGCGAGGGAGCAGUAAUCUUCCUGCAGCUCCACUCUGCUCCCUCAUGCUCUCUGUAGUGAUGUCGGGGCUGGGGUGACAUCCUAUUCCAACUCCAGGCAUCAUUAAACAUCAGCGCGAUUACUGCUCCUUCACUUGCCGCCUCCUUGCUGCCUGAACCGGCCGCUUCCAUGCUCACUAGAGUGGCCUGCUCCAGUGUUAAUCACCACGGCCGGCUUUAGAGCUUGCGCAAGCUAAAGGGCUGGCAUUCCAAGCGCCAAGGCAAAAUUUCUAGUCGCCAUGGCGACCUAGCGCCUGGGAUUUGUCGAGCCCUGAUGUUAAGUAUAUGCUAACUUGGUGGUAUACAAGUUAAUUCAGAAUUCAAUUUCUUCGUUAGAUUUCCUCUCCAGCAGCUAAUGCGCCUGGAGAGGAAAGAUUUGACAUUAACAAUGGCACCAAAAGAAAAUCUGCAUUGUAACCAGUACAUAGAGCUGUAUACCUUUUAAGAUCUCUAUAUUGUGUAAAAUCUGUAUUCAUCUAGAUAUGUGGCUUUUCAGUAAUGUUUUGUGUUCCUUAGCUUGUAUGAAUUUUGGAACACUUUUCCAUGCAAUAAUUGUUUUGGUGCAUAUAACAAUACGCUAUUAAAUCAGAAUCUAUAGUUCUACAUAAAUGCAUAGUAAUGAAAAAGUGGCUUGUUAAAUGUCUUGUAUGCUGUAAGUGCAGAAAUACAACUUUUUAUUAAACAGAAAACCAUAAAACAGAAUGUCUCUGCAUGAAGAUCAAUUUGUAACAUUCACAAUAGAUUAUGACAGACUUGCCAAGUGGAAUAUUCAUAGCUUUUGUGAUGGGAUUUCUAUACUUCAAUUUAUUUAAACUUUUUUCUUAAAUAUUACUUCUUUACAAAUUAUUCUAUUCUUAGGAUGUUUUAAUUACUUUACCUCUGUUAAAUUCAUCAUACAAUAAUUUAGUAGCAGAUUAUAUAGAAGCACAAAAUACUUUUAGACAUUUGUGUAAUUCAAGCCUUUUUUUUUCUUGUGUUGAUAAAUUUGUGCAUGCUUUAGCACGUUUACUUUGCAGUUUUAAUUUCAAACUGUUUUUCAGGUACUUGAUCGACAGUCGCUGGUUCAAGCAGUGGAAAAAAUAUGUUGGGUUUGACAGCUGGGACAAAUACCAGAUGGGAGAUCAGAAUGUGUAUCCCGGUCCCAUUGAUAAUUCCGGACUCCUCAAAGGUCAUUCUUUAAUAUAUUUAUAUUUUUAAUAUCUAUAUGUGUGUUUGCAAGAGAUUUUUUUUUUUUUUCCUGGUAGUCCAUGUCAUUUACAAACACCCAAAUAUAAGCCCUGCGCUCAAACUUCCACUACUCCUGGAUGGCAGCAAUGAUCACAGUUUUUCUUAGCUUCUAUGUACUAUGCACACGUAAAUAACUGGUGGGUUUUAGUAUUACUUCAGUGUCCAUGUCAUUUGCUUUUCCAAGUAAAUGCAAACAUUAAAAUAGGGCUUUGGCCAUAUGUUACUCCUGUAUCUAUACAGAGGUGUUAUGUGACAAAGAGAGCAGAUGUUUUAGCCCAAGGGUACAUUUCCUGGCACCUUUUGAAAGCCCACUCUAUAGCAUGCUCAAAAACCAAUACAAUACAAAAUAACUAAAUAAAUGACUGUUUACCAGAUAUACCCCCAAUUAACACAAUCAUGCAUUUAACUAUGCAUUUCUUUCUGUUGCUGUUAAAUUACUGCCUUCCUUCCCAAUGCAGCUCAGUGAAAAGUCUUUGCAAGUUGGGGGUACUGGGCAAUUGCUGCCUUUUGAGUUGAGGUUUACUGAGCUAAACAAACCAGAAAGAAACAUCACUGGUUGUCUAGCUGACAGUUGGGUGUAACAAGAUUAAUUUCUAAAAGUGCCAAUUUCUACUGACAUCUAAUUCUUCACACAUAAAGAGCUUUGGAGGUCUAGAGUGGUCCUUUAGACCCUAACAUGUUCUAUAGUACCAAAACUUUGAAUGAAUUCAGUGUUAUAUAAAUCAAUAUUUAUAAACGCCUCUUCUGCUGUAUUAACCCCACACCACGCCGCAUUAACCCCAAACGUGUAGUAUUAAAACCCCUACACUGUGCUGUAGAUCUCCAAAUAUGGAGACAAACUUAUCCUGUGUCAACUUGUAUCACAAAUUAUAUAAUACAAGUUGACACAGGACUCGAAGAUAUCAAUUAAUGUGCCUAAAUCAGACCCAGGUCAAUUUACCGCCAGCAAUGCUCCUGCAUGUGUUUACCAAUUCGUUUUUUUUUUCCCUUUUCUCCAUUUUUAGUAGUAUGAAGAGAGACAUACGUAGAGCUUCUUAUAAUAUAGUAAAAUAAGAUGGCAAGCAUGUUUGAUGUACCUAUAAUGAAUACAGCCUGACUUCUAACCUUGUGAAGCCUCACGUUAUAACUUGACUCCCAAGUUAUCUUGUGUGAUGGCUAAAAUAACACAUUUGUUUUCCCAAACAACUCGAGACACUGCAGCCGUCCAUGUGCAGUUCAAUUUGUUUAUUUUUUUGAGUUUUCAUGUUAUAAGGUACAGUGAAUAAAUACAGCGUUACAAAAUUAUCAAAUAGACACAUGACACAUGUUGGUUCACAAUGUUGAACUAUAACAACAAAAGUAAAGAAAGCACUAAAACAAAAAGUAAAAUUACAUUGUAGAGUCAUAAUUAUUAUGUUGAUGUUACAAAGUUUCCCAAUGUAAGAGAGGUAACUUAACAGUUUACACAGUGUUGUAUUGCUAUAUAUAAAAAAAAAAGUGUUUCUUUAAGUAAUGUUGAGAGCAACUUUAAAAGUGGCAAUAUUUCUCAGACAAUGUUAGAAAUGUAACAAGUAUAAAGUAGGAAAAUAGCAGACACCCAAUUACCAAGCUUCAAGACAUACACGUAAUUUAUUUAUAUAUGUAUAUAUUCAUUUUUUAAAUGUUUUUGUUUUGUUUUUUUAGACACCGACACACAGUCUCUCAAGGAGCACCUCAUUGAUGAACUUGACUACAUUUUGUUGCCGACUGAAGGCUGGAACAAGCUUGUUAGCUGGUAUACCCUAAUGGAAAAUCAGGAGCCUAUAGCACGCAAGGUACUUAUAAGCACAUGGGAUUGGAUACAUUUGGCCCAGUGCUCUGUUUGUUCAUUAUUUGUGUCUUUGUUUAUUUACAUUAACCCCUUAACCCCUUAAGGACCAAACUUCUGGAAUAAAAGGGAAUCAUGACAUGUCACACAUGUCGUGUGUCCUUAAGGGGUUAAGGACACAUGGCAUAGGUGACAUGUCAUGAUUCCCUUUUAUUCCAGAAGUUUGGUCCAUAAGGAGUUAAAAAAGAAAAUCACAUAUUUUUUGUUUGUUUAAAACGAUACUUUUAUUUAGUUGUAGUGUCCUAACAUAUACACAUUCCACAUAUACAUUUUUAUGUCUUUGCCUUUCUUCCUAAUCCUUGAUGUUUACUUUUGGAUUUCCUUUUCUCUAAACCCAUGAUUUUAUUUCUAGACCUUAUCCAUUUAUCAGUAGUUAUAGAAUCACUUAAAUGGAGAACUCAUAUAAAGAAUACUCAAUGGAGUAGCAGUUUUCAUUUAACCUGAAGUUUGAAAAGGCAUCUUUUCACCUUAGAACCAGUGUCAAUUUGUCGUUUCUGCUUUGUGUUGCUUCAAAGUGGUAAUUUUUCUCUUUAUAUUGUGCACCCGUGAAUAUAAUGUUAAUGCCUUCUUUUGAUGCCUUUUAUACAUAUAUAACUCAUUGUUAAUCAUGGUAAAACAUUAAAAUAGUUUUCUGUAAUCAUUUUUACAAACUGGUACGGUUAAAUGUCAUAUAUAUUUUUGCAGAAAAAAAAUAUCAAAAUAAAUAAAUGUUGUUUUUAUGGACUGUGACAGAGAGCUAUCCCUUCAAGGAUGGAUAACACUGUGAUAAAGGCAUUGCUUUAUGUUUCCUGUAAAGGGGAUUAGAAGUUAGGAUGUUGGGGAGCAAAGGACAGUCAUAUUAUACCCCUUUCCAAGCAUCUAUCUUACUCAUGAUCACUAUGAUUGAGUGCAAACCUUAUAGACUAUUGAUCACUGAAUAACAGUGUCACCAAUGGGUUGCAAAGGUUAGUAAGGAGGAUGGGCCUUGUGAAUAUUGGAAUAUUAUAUUUUUAAGGCUUCUUUAUAGAACUGAUAGCUGUCAGCAAAGAGGCUUGUAAUACAGAAACAGCAUAAACAUGUGCACAAUUACUUUUCAGUUGGUAAAAGCAAAUCAAAUUCCUUUUAAUCUAUGCCCAAACGAAUUGAUCCAUCCGGGAUUAGCUGGGUGAGUCUUGUUUAGUGAAACAAGUAAAUCGAUUUGUUCGAGUGUAGCUCAAAAGGAAUUUGAUUUGUUCAUACCAGCUGAAAAGACCAAUUAAGAACACUGUCUCUACCUGCAGUGUUUCCCUGUGCAUAGAUUGAUCUGAGAGUGAACUUAUACUGAAAAUGCCCAAGAGAGUGUUGAUCACAACAGCUCUGGUCCUGUAGUAGUUAGAGUGAGCAUUUUACAAGCGAUUACAGGAGUAUUAACAUCUUUGCAUUCACAUCAAUGCUAUGUUGUAUGGUUGCUUCACUGAUCCUUCUGUACAGUUUUUCGGUGAGUUUUCAGAAGUCAUUAAAAUCACCUCUAGUACAUAGUUUAUUCGCAUCAUUUCUAAGAAGAAACCUAUAAACCCAACCAUAUAUUUUUAUUCAGGCAGUUCCUUGGGUUUGCAGAUUAAGGGAAUGUUAGGAAUCCGUUUAUUCCCCAGUUAAUAAAUGAUACUGUGAGAAAAUGCACUAUUGCAUAGCAUCACUUCCUCAGAGAGAGUGGUUCUGCCGACAGUGUGCAGCUGUAGAGCAGCUACUUUUGACAUGUUAAGACAGGCUUCCCCAAACUCCGGCCCCCCAGAUGUUGCUUAACUACAACUCCCAUGAUUCUAUGCAUGGAAUAGAUAGGCUGAGAAUCAUGGGAGUUGUAGUUCAACAACAUCUGGAGGGCUGGAGUUUGGGGAAGCCUGUGUUAAAACCAUACAUUUGAGCGAUCGCAAGCACUGCCAACUAGACGCACGUUUCAGAAGAAUGCAAGAUUAAAGAUUUCAUCUUUACAUGUUACAUUACACAACUUGCACUGGAUUUCAUUCAGUUUCUAAUUAUACCUACUCUUCUUUUCACUGUGCAUUUUUAUCUAUUUUGUUCUGUAUUUUUGAAGUAGGUGAAGAGACUUUGUAUUCAGCAGCUGCUGUUUACUAUAAGCAUAUAUUUAUCAUUUUCCCUGUGGUGACUUUUGAAAAUGACUUGUCCAUUAUUGUGAGUCUCCUUUAACUUCCUUUUCCUUGUCAAAGACCUUUAAGGUUCUCUCUUUAGUGAAAGUAAUCCUUAAUAUGAAUGCAGUCAUUUAAUCUUUAUCAAACUUGCCUCCGAUUCCUAUAGAGAAUAACUCAGCUUCUAGAGAUUAAACGGCCAAGGUGCUAAAUCUCCUUAAUUAUAAGUACUUUGUUGACCCCCUGUGUCACCCUGCUGUCAGUGAUUGGUGUAUAUCUGCAUAUCUAUUUGGCAUGGGAAUCAAUCCUACCUCUGCCCAGAAAACUCCGUAUUCCCUAAUGGGUUCAAUGAAUUAAGUUUUUAAACAGUUAUAUGUGACAUAGAAGCCUGGAUUCUUUCUUUCUUUUUUCAUUCUCUGCAGACAUGUCUGCUCAUACUACUGUGAAAAUGAGCAGUCUGACUAUACCCCCAUUUUUGCCUUGUGCAACUACUUUAAUAUUAUUAUAUUACACUCAUUUAUUGUUAAAAUGUAUAUGGCAUUUAUUUUUGAUUUUGUAUAUUCUCUGCAUUGUUUUGCUUAUAUGUAAUUUCUGUUACCAACUGUUGGUUGGUUCUGUCUCAUAUCAGACUUUUAUACCGUAAGCACGAAUUAAUAUUAUUAUUAUUAGCCUUUAUAUACGCCAACUUAUUCUGCAUCCCUGCACUGUGUGUCUAAAAUUUUACAAUAAAUGAGACAAUUACAAAAUGUUACAGGAACAAUAGGAUGAUAAGAACCCUCUUAAAUGGGUUUCAAAUAAUCCCAUUAUCAGUCUUGAUGAUCUCAGCUGACCAAUAGGAAGGCUAUUGCACAUGCACGGCAAAUCGCUGCGUUGCGCCGCGCCAUUUAGAUUCUCCUCAUCGAGUUGCAUUGCAUCAAUGCAUCUCUAUGGGGAGCUUUCAGCUUUUCCAUGCAGAGCAUGGAGACAGUGAACAAAGGUCCAGCAAAGAUUGACCAAAGAAGACCAAAUCCAGGAAGUCCAUCUAGUGUCUGACAGUCACUAGGGAUGUUACUGGGCUGCAAUGUGAACACUGCCUUUUCUGUGAAAAGGCAGUGUUCACAUUGCUGAGCAUGCAAGGGCAGGUUAUAGACAGCAGAACCACACAUGUAUUAAGCUGCAGUGGUUCUGUUGACUAUAGUGUCCCUUUAAGUAAUUUUUCCUUACAUUUUUGUUUCUCCAUGGAUACAUAAAUGCAUUGGUAUUGCCUAGUCCCCUUUUAUAGUUUAUUAAACACUUAGCAUAUUAGACAUAAACCCAGCAAAUAUAACCACUAACCUUAGCAGAAAUUUGUGCCAAAAAAAGCUGUAUCAAUUGUCUCAAAAUUCACCACAUGAAAUACAUGGUGUACUUUUUAAAAAUAUGCAUUUUUCACUUCAGUGACCAAUAUUAACUUGCAGGCCCAACAUACAAUAUUGGGGUUAUCUGGGACCCUCAUUGAAUGUUAAAGUGAAAAUUAAUGGUUUUAUAGUGAACCAAUUGAUGGAGCCAUGACACUUAAGCCAUCAUACUCCAUUCAAAGAGAAGUGUGUAUGAUCCCAAGAGUGUUCCUUUAAAGAACUUUGCUGAAAUGCUUGUAUUCAUGGGUGGGCUGACAACUCACUGGGCACCCGGGCAACUGGAGAUUAAGGACCCCUCAGCUGUUGAAUUUUUGCAUUUUGUCCCCCUACCCUCCCCAUUUCACAGUCCUCACACUCUCACACAUAUAUUUUGUGUGUGCUGCCCAUUACCCAUAAUGGCUGUGUGAGAGCCCAACAAUCAUGACUCGCACACCUGGAGGGCAGGAUUUACUUUUUUUUUUAAAUUCUUUAUUUUUGUGGGUAUACGAGAGUUAAACACGUAGUACAUUAUGUGCAAAACGAAAGUGAAAUAACAUGUACAAAAUAUAUUUAAGAUAGUCUUCAUAUAACAUUCGUAUUUGCAUAGAAACUUUGCAACCCGAUUUUUAAUAGGUAAAGCCCUGCAAUUCUCCCUCGUGUUAGUGGCCGCUAAGGUGUAUGGCUUCCCUGAGGGGCUAGUAUACUGCAUUAUGUGCUCUGCUUAGGAAUGUUGGGGCCGUAGGCGCAGCCUGGGCACUUGUAUUAUUAGGUGAGGGAGUGUGGUUAUUAUGGCCGUUGGCCGUUGAUAGGAGUGGUGCAGGUCCUCGCAAGUCUCCCAGUAGGGCGCUUGUACACAGAAUUUCGGGCCUCUGCAUUUGCUUCGUGUUAGGGGAGGGGCAAGUCUGCUUAACCAGGAUCGGUGGGAGUCUGCUUACGGAGCCAUAGAUUUAAAUAUAUCAGUUGCCCUGUAACCUUCAUAAACUUAAAAAACAAAAAAUAAACUUUUAAGACCUUAGAAAACUUAAGAAACUUUGAGAAAAGAAACCAAGAACCAAAAAGUCACUGCUUCUAAGGUGAGCAAAAAGACUAGGUAAGUUCAGCAUAUGAAAGGCGUCCAAUUUAUAGUCCUGCAGUAAGGGACCUAUCAGACAUUUCACAGGUGCACUUGCAUGUGCGGUCGCGUUUCUCAUGUUAAAGGAUGCGUCAUCUUCGGCUCAGUUCCUCUGGGCACAAAGGGAGUUAUAUCAUCGACAUUCCACGCUGGGCUGGCCCUUGUCGCUGCUGUAGGAAGCGAGAGUCCCAGUGACUGGAGAAACUUAGGCGCUUCAGAUAUGCGUGUCAAGUGGGCCGUCUUACCGGCGUGCUUUAUGGUUAAACGAUGAGGGCCCCAUUUAUAGGGGAUAGAGUUCUCGCCCAGUAGCAAGGUGAUGUGGCGGAGAGACCUGCGCCAGGUGAGAGUGUGCUUUGAGAAGUCGCUGUAUAGGGUCAAACUUGCUCCCUCAAACAUGAUGGUGGGAGAGCCUCUUGCGGCUCCCAUGAGAGCCCCCCCGGUCCGAGUCCCGGACAAAUUUAAUUAACACAUCCCUUGGUGCUUCUUGGGGCGCUUUGAGUGCCUUGGGGAGGCGAAAGCAGGUGUCGAUCCCUACCUGCUUCGCUUGUUUGGGAGUCAGUAAGGUUGCCACCAGCCUCCUACAAUAGUGUAGUAAUUCCAGGUUUCCCGCCGAUUCCGGCACUCCCCGGAUUCGCAGGUUUCGGGCUCUAGUCUUGUCUUCCAUGCCCGCUAAUUGAGCGGUCAACGCCGCACAUUGUUUUUGCAACUGUCCCAGGGCAGCGUCUGUCGCCGCUUGUGCUACUCUCGCGCCCCCGAGGGACUCAACGGAGACCACCCGGCCUGCAAGUGUGGAGACCUCCCCUCGGACAAGUGCCAUGUCGGCAUCAAACAUCGCUUUGAUGUUUACCAUCAGUGCCUUGAUGUCGGCUUUCGUGGCGGGUGCUGUGUCGCCAAAUUCUUUAGGCUGCUGGGGUGUAAUAUGCACCUAGCUGGAAACGUGGAAGGAAUCGUCGGAUGACUGUGUGUCGAAGGCCUCUAUCGGCGCCAGGAUUUACUUUUAAGGGUUACUCUAAUAAAAAAACGUAAUCCUUGCUGGCAAUGGGUCCAGCAAAGUUUUCAAGAUAGUGGUGAACCUGCCAUGUGGGGUAUGAAAUAUCAGCUGCCUGCUGAAGUAUAAAUACUGACUGUGAGAAUAAAACUGCCCUGUUGCUUCUGCUCAGGCUAACACUUCCAAUAUCCAGUGAAAGUUAAUGUAUUGGUACUCCCCCAAAAAAUUGCAUACCAUGCACAAUAUAGGCAGUAACGCUUGGUUCAUGUCGAGCUGAACAGCUUUCUCUUCUUGCGAUGGCUUAUAAAGAAUUGCAAUACAUUAUCUUAUGACAUUUCUGGUAGGCAAAUAAAGAACUCUGAAUAUGUAGGAAUAAUUUGGCAACAUGCAUGCAUAUGGAUUAUCUUCUGGACAUAUUGCCCUUUGUUAGUUAUACAAUUACACCCCACUUUGUUUUCUAGGGGCAAGGCUUUUUUUUAUUUUUAUUUUCCUUCAGGCCUAUAUUUCUUCAUCUUGGGGCCAAAUCUGUCUUUUUUUUUCUUCAAAUUUCCCUCUUUUUUUGGAGCUCCAUAUCGUUAGUGUGUCUGUGUGUAUAACAGAACUCCACAGUAAUUAUACUUCCAUGAAUCUGUCUGUGUAAACUACAAUAAAUGUGUUUAGAAAUCAGUCUGUGUAAAUAAGUAACAUUGUUCUAGAUCUAAAUUACAUUGUAGUUGCCUACAUUAUUAGUAAGUCGCCUAUAUUUUCUCAGAACAGCUUUAUCCCUGUACACCCUCCCAAAAUUAAAGUGUUCCUCUUUGUCCAUUUAAAAUUUUGGGCGUUAUGUGCAUGUAUAAUUUUUACCCAUUGUAAUACAUUGCAGUGUAUUUUGAUUUUAUAAAUGUACUCUGUUAGGUAUAAUCUAGCUAUAGUUUAUAUAUAUAUAUAUAUAUAUAAUGUGUGUAUGUAUAUAUAUAUAUAUAUACACACACACACACACACACACACAGAUUUACAAGACUGUUUUUAUACUUAGCUAAGCAUUUGUGAUUUUUAAAGAGAAAUGAUCAAGUGGAGCCAUACAUUUUAUGGAUCUCAGUUCUCAUUAUGAUCUCUGUUCACCUUUCCCUACCAUAUAUGUCAGUGGUUUCAGUGUCACAUAGCACUGACUAUUUGCAGAACACUGUACAUUACUGCAGCGUACUUGAAGUUUGUCUGUGGGAGAUCGAAUGCCCCUUUAACUUGACUCAGAGGUAAUCUUUCUAAUCUUGUGCAUAUAAUAUCUCUCAUUGUCAUGUGGCAGGUGAAAGCUGUGAUAAAUAGCAUUGAAUUGAGUACUGAGUGCCUUAUACUGUUUGUGUAUGUGACACUGUUAUUGCGUAAAAGAAUUAUGGAGGGAGGAAUUGCAAACACCUCAUUAAAAUAUUCUCAAGAUUUUUAAAAUCUAAAAAGGAUUUGUGCUAAUUGUAUAAAAUCAAAUGGGGGAAAGAAGUACAGUAAUUUAAUAGUUGUUAAUUGCAAAAGAGAAAUGUGUAGUGUUUUGAAAAUGUCUCUUGUGCUGUUUUGGUGAAUAUAUAGAAAUGCUAAGGCAAAGCUAAAUGUCUUGAUGCAUUUGUGCUUAAACGCUAGUUCACCAAAUCCAUAAUAUAUUGAUUUUUAAUGCUUAAAUGUACUUUAGAAUAGUGCUGGAUUUAAAGCAUUAAAACUUACAUGUUGGUGAGAAUUACCAAGACUCCAUGUUUGGUAGUUGGUGGAUACAUGCAUUUACCAUAUAUACUCGUGUAAAAGUCGAUCUCAUGUAUAAGUCGAGUGCAGUUUUGUGACCAACAAUUGUGAAAUAUGCUAUGCCUCAUGGAUAAGUCGAGGGUAAAACUUGGGGCUAUGAAAUUCUGUGAUUUUUAUAAUUAUAUACACACACUCAUACAAACACACAUACUGCAUUAUACACAAACACACUCGUACACACACUCUGCAUUAUACACACAUUCAUACACACACUCUGCAUUAUACACACAUUCAUACACACACUCUGCAUUAUACACACAUUCAUACACACACUCUGCAUUAUACACACACACUCAUACACACACUCUGCAUUAUACACACACACUCAUACACACACUCAUACACACACUCUGCAUUACACAAACACACACUCAUACACACUGCAUUAUACAUACACACACUCAUACACACACUCUGCAUUAUACACACACUCAUACAAACAAUCUGCAUUAUAUACACACACACAUACAAACACACACUGCAUUAUACACACACACACUCAUACAAACACACACUCUGCAUUAUAUACGGACACACUCAUACAAACACACACUCUGCAUUAUAUAAUGCAGAGUGUGUGUUUGUGUGAAUGCAAAGUGUGUGUGUAUAAUGCAGAGUGUGUGUUUGUAUGAGUGUGUGUUUGUGUGUGAACUGGGUGGGGGAGGGCAUUUUUAUUAUUUUAAUUUUUUUAAUUUUAAUAUUUAAAUUUUUUUAUUUUAGUACUAUUUUUUUAUUUUAUACUUUACUUUUUUAACUUUAAUAUUUAAAUUUUUUUAUUGUAAUAUUAUUUUUUUUUUAUUAUUUAAUUUUUAUUUUCGUCCCCCCUCCCUGCUUGUUAGCUGGCCAGGGAGGGGGGCUCUCAUUCCCUGGUGGUCCAGUGGAUGGGCUAUGUAGGAGGGGGGCUGGCAGAGAGCUGUUACUUACCUUUCCUGCAGCUCCUGUCAGCUCCCUUCUCCUCUGGUCCGGUCAGCUCCACUGUAAAUCUCGCGAGAGCCGCGGGGUCAGAGCCCGUGGCAACGCUCCGCGCGGUAGUCACACCGCGAGACUUACAGUGGAGGAGAAGAGAGCUGACAGGAGCUGCAGGAAGGUAAGUAACAGCUAUCUGCCAGCCCCCAACAGGACCGCCAGGCUUGUAAGGAGCCCGGCGGUCCUGGUCUGUAUUAUGGCAAUGUAAGUUGCCAUAAUACAGACACUGACUCGAGUAUAAGUCGAGUAGGGGUUUUUCAGCACAAAUAAUGUGCUGAAAAACUAGACUUAUACUUGAGUAUAUAUGGUACCUAGGACAUACUUGAAAAACCCAGGACAUACUUGAAAACAAGAGAAAUGUCAUUGUAUCCUUCCUGGUAAAAUAUUCUAUAAAUAAAUCUAUGGGGUAAAAUGCUGUCUGAAAACAAAAGAAGCAUACAGACACUCCUCACUUACCGACUGGGUUCCAUUGCUACGACCCGGUCGUAGAACGAAUUGGUCGGUAAGUGAGGAGUUAAGGGAUUUCCUGCUCUGGUGUGUUUGUCUAUGUUCGGGGAAACUUCCCCAAAAAAGAUAUGCGCACCAGAGCAGGGAAUCCCCACGACAGCUCGCACUUCGCUUGAUCCUAAGUGCAAACCGUCGUAAAACAGGUAGGUCUAAAUGAGGACCACCUGUAUAGAGAAACAUAGCAUAUAAUAUUUUUACACAUUACUUAAACAACUGCAAUUAACCAGCCAGACAGUCAGCUUUAUAAUGCUAAAGCUCAUUGGACCCUAUUUCCUGUACAUUAUCUUGUUUGUUUGCGCAUUUAUUUUGUUUUCAUUUCUAGUGCUGUACUCCAUUGUAGAGCCUGUUUGUGUUCUCAUAAAAUAUUUGCUCUUAUCUCAUAGUUUGGAACCCCAAAUUGUCCCCCUACUCUGUUUUAUUGGGUCCACACUGGUUGGAUCAUGCACAUAUUAGUAUUGUUCACUGUAAUCGCACUAUCUUUCCCUAUUGCAAAUGACUCCUCUGACACUGGGAAAGAAUAUGCUUGUUUUACCUAAGUUUAGUACAUUUUAUAUUGCAGUUGGAGAAUGCUUCACCAAACUAAUGAUAUGCACAUAAAUUGGGUCCUUGUCCCAAAGAAAAGGUGAGGAAAUGCAGCCAUUGAUAUAAAUGUUGCAUUAUUGGUCAUAGCUGUAUUCUAAGCUUACUGGAAGUCAGUAAAGGUUAAUCCAGUUAAAUUUUACACAAGCUGGUCUUCCCCCAGAUGUUUGCAACCUGGCCCCUCUCUCACCGGAUUGAUAAUGCAGAAGUUCCACUCUAGUGUUCACAAAGCUAUUUUAUCAAAUUUUGUACAGUAAUGAUUGGCUGAGCAUGGCUGUUGGUAGUGUUAAUGGAUAACCCUGGUAACCUAUUGUCUUUUAGUCUUUAAAAUGUGAAAUGCAGUUCACAAAGAUCUGGUUUGCCAAUUUUAGCCUUCAUAGCUAAAAUAAUUAAUUCAGAUUUUUUUUAGAUCUUUUCUGGGCAGUUGGAAAGUCAACUAAAGAUAUAGGAACAUUACAGCUUGCUUAACUUCUGGAUGAUCCAUUUGUUUGACUAUAUGGCUCAUGGUCAUAUAAGACACCUGAGAAGUUGAUGAGUGCUAAUAUUUGGUGGAUGCAAUUGCUUAAAAUUAUAGUGAACAAAGAGAGUUAAGAGAGUGCUUUGUUUUGUCUCAAUGAAUGUUAAUGCAUUAAAGUGCAGUGUUCCUGAACCUUUUUUUUUUUUUUUUUUGUCACGACCCAAAUCAUGCUCUUGGUUGUUAAUUUAGUGACCAAUCCUUCUUUUAAUAAAUCAUCCCGGUGACCAAUUCUUCAACUGUGAUUUAAUAUAUGGCAAUAUAAGUGUACCAUUAAACUUAUUCCAGUGUUAAAUGGGCUCUCUUUCACUACAAUAGAAAAUGCAUAGAUUCUCCAAAAUACAAUGUAUUGUUGAUAAUUGCCUUGAGCAUUGUCCCAGCAGUUAAGAAUCAUAGUGGGGAAAAUUCAAGGUGGUGGGCCAAAGUAAUUUAGAACAUUAAAUUUCACAAAUGAUUAAAAUGUCUGUUGUGCUGUUACAGGUGGUUGAACAGGGUAUGUUUGUAAAACACUGCAAAGUAGAAGUUUAUCUAACUGAACUGAAACUGUGCGAAAAUGGAAACUUGAACAAUGUUGUAACAAGACGAUUUAGCAAAGCUGACACUAUAGGUAAGGACUUCUUUCUAUCUGCUGCUUAAUUAUGUUAAUUCCUCUAAAAAAAUGUUCUGAAUGUUAAUUUGUUUUUUGCCUCUUGAUUACGGUUUAAAGGGAUAUUGGCAGAAUAUAAGAUACACAGUCCUAAAACUCAGCUAAUUAAUUAUGAAUAAAUUAUAAAAAAUGUUUUUAAUAAAGCCUCUUUUAUUAUAUUCCAUCAUAUUUUAGUUUACUUUUGGAGGGAUAUCCAUUAAUAAUAAUUUAUAGAUAUGUCUAAAGGAGUCUGUUAAAUUCUAUAAUGAAUGGGACAUUAUAAAUACCAUAACCACUCCAACCCCUUGUUGUUAUGAUGCUAGGAGACAGCGCUACCGUUCCCCCUGUUCUGUGUUAAACCAAGGUUGUUUUUCUUUUUAAAGGUUUUAAAAAAGUUUUGCAUGUCAUUAUUCAGUCACUUUUUUAGUGACAUUGGGACUUCCUCAGAGAUCAAAUGUGAAUAAAGGCAGUAAGAGUGAUAGUGCUCCCAAAAGCAGCCUAUUCCAACCCACCCCUUAAUCCCCUUAAAUAGGGCUAGUCCCUCAAGUUCAUUGUUGCUCCAAUGGAUAUCUUCUGUUCUUCUUAAUUCCAUUGGAGAGUCCAAUCUCCACUUCAUCUGCUUCUUAAUUUGUCAUAACGAGUAGCCCUUCUUCCAGCUAAUCCAAAUUCUUCCAAUCGGCAGAAAACUGAAGUGCCGUCCGAGACGCACUUCCGUGCGUUCCAGCGUGCACUUCCUUGUGUUCAAAAGGUCCUCGUAAUCCAAGAUGGCUGUGUGUUCCACUGUGGAUCCGAGAGAGUUCCGCGGUGAGCGAUCUUCCCCUGGUGUUCUUCAGGGGCAAAUGGGCCGACUGAACAGAUGGGGAGAAGCUUCACAUAUUAUGCUCAGGGGGAGAGAGUCCAUCCACUAAGGGGAAGGUGCAGUUAAUUUCAAACGUCAAUUCCCCCAAAAUAUAUUUUGGGGCAAUUGACGUUUUAAAUUACUAUCUCUGAUUUAGUGUCAGUUUUAAUAGCAUAGCUUGGGGCUAAACGGUUUUUAAGAUUACAAUUCUUCCUAUAAUUAGGGUAGGGUUUUCUGACAAUAGGUUCCCCAAUACAGGGUCCUGUGAUAGGAUUGACUAGUGCUUUUGUAAACCUCUCUUAAUUCAUUGAUGUACCACAUUAUAUUGUGUAGUAAAUGCAUAUUUAAAUGUAUCAGUAUUUGACCUAUCCAUUAAUAACUAAUAUCUCUCCAUUUUUUUGUGAUUCUAAUCUUCUCUAAGCUGUUUUUAUUAUAUCCCCUUUCUAUGAGUUUGUUUUUAAUAUGUAAUGACUGGGAUUCAAAAUCUUGUGGAUGGGAACAAUUGCAUCUAAGACGCAUGAGUUGUCUUUUCGCUAUUCCCCUUAACCAAGACUGUUCCCAAUCUGUUGGUUUGAAAAAGCAUUUGAAUUUGAUAUGGUCAUCCUCACAAAAAAAGAGUUAAAUCAAGAAAAUGUACUGUAUUUCUGUCCCAUACUGGUAUAAAUUUCAGAUGACAUUUAUUAUCAUUCAGAUAAUCCACAAACCCUUGAAAACAAGAAAAAGACCCCUUUCAAAUAAUAAUUACAUAAUCGAUGUAUCUCUGCCUGAGCACCAGGUUCUCUCCCCAACCAUGACCAGACUAAACAAAGAUAUUCCCAUCUUCUCAUAUAGGUGUUGGCAUUGCUGGGGGCGAACCUGGGGCCCAAGUUGGUCUCCGUGACUUGUAAAUAAAAGUCUCCAUUGAAGAAAAAAUUGUGCUGUAAAAUAAAUUUAACUGAAGAUGAAACAGAAUCUCUACACUUUUAUGAUAUAUUUGAAUACAGGCUCAUGAAAUGAUUAAUGACCUCCAGUCCCAGGUUAUGCCAACUGACCGUGUAUAAUGUUGUAACAUCGAGUGUUGCCCAGCUAUAAUCUGGACUCCACUCGAGACUUUCUAUUUCUUGUAGAAAUAACUUUGUGUCUUUAAUAUAUGAUAAAGCUGUCUGUGCAUAUAUUUGUAAAAAAGCCGAUAAAUUAGCGGUAAGCGAAUCUAUCCCGCUAAUUAUAGGACAUCUAGUGGGUUGUGUUAAGUUUCUAUGUGUCUUGGGUAGAAAAUAAAAAAUAGGAAUGGUAAGGUUUUUUUGGAAUAGAUAAUCAAAAUGUUGUUGUGUAAUUAUGUUUCUUGUUUUUGCUCCUUCCAAUAGAACUUUCAAUUCAGCAUUGAAAGUCUUUGUAGGAUUCCUUUUUAAUACUGUGUAUGUUUUUGUAUCUCCUAAAAUGUUUACAGAUUGUUGCAGGUAGCACUCAGUGGAAAUAAUCACUAUGCACUCCCUCUUAUCCGACUCCUUGAUGACUAUAUCCUCUCUUUUCAUCAAAUUUUUAAAACAGGAUUGCUCUUUCUUAGUUAGGUUACUCUUUCCAUACUUAUUUUUUCUGUAUAGGGACCUGAACUCUUGAUCUACUAUUGGAUCAAAAAUUUCCAAAUAUGGGCCUCUACUCUGGUACUCCAUUACCCCUUAAUUAGGAGAUGUGGGAUACAUAAGGGAGUGUCUCUUAAUAGUCAUAGUCUAAUCUACUUCUUUAACUCAAAGAUUAAAGUCAUUUGCAUGUUUAUUUGGGGGCAAAUUUCAUGCCUUUUUCCAAUAGUCUGAUCUCAUUUUCGAACAAUGGAAUCCCUGAUAUAUUAAAGAUUCCUUUUUAAAAAUCUCUAUCGCCUAAGUUGGUUUUAGAUUGUAAAUUGUUUUCUAAUCUUCCAACCUGAUUCUUUUUUGUGGGGUAUCUACAUGGAGAGAAAUGAUUGUGAUGUUCCUCCCUGGGUUUGAAAUAAUUUGUUAUUGUCUUCUCUUUUGGUGCUAUGGUUCUCCCUUGAAACUUUUCCUCUCUAUCACUAAAAUGAAUGUUCCUAAUAUUGGUUUUUGGAUUAUUUCUUGCUACCUGGGCAUAGGACCUGUGCUCUCUUUCUUCCUCUGGGGACAUUCUGUCAGGAAAAACGAGGACGUUCUCUUACUUUAUUGGAAUUAUAAUUCCGUGUUUUGGAAUUAGUGUAUUGAGAUGGAGGUAUCCUUCUCAAGCAUUGUUUGGAACUUUUUUUAGGACUCAGAGAAUGAAUUUCUCCUUUGUUUGAGUGGGGUUCAGAAGUUCUUUUUAUUAAAAGUAUAGCUUGACUUUUUUCUCCCUAAUAGGAUUUUGUUACUUGUAGAAAAGGUGUCUUGGAUUUUAUCCUCUUUAAUGUCACGGGUGGCGGUCUGAAGCCCGGGGCCGCUCUGUGCCUGAUGAAGAGGAGUCUCAGCUUGGAAAUGGGCAAUCAGGGUCUGGAGCAGGGUAACCACAUGCCCACUGGUGUUGAGCACCAGAGUUUGUGCGGCCACAUACCAGGUCUCUGAUGCAGCUUAGGACACAACUUCUGGAAUAAAAGGGAAUCAUGACGGGAUAUUUCUGUCAUGUGUCCUUAAGGGGUUAAACAGAAGCCAGGAGCUAGAUGAUAUGCUGAUAUGUAUUCAGUACUAGAAUCUAAGUAAGACUAGAACAGGCACCACACAAGAUAAGAUAAGACAAGACUAGAAGAACCCAGAACCGGAGCAGGACAGAAAGCAGAACCCAGAACAUGUACAUAAUACAUGAGGGAAACAUGAACAGAACAUGACCAGGACAGGACUGUACAUGAACUGGGAAUACAAGACAAAUAAAACGAGACAAGAGAUAGAAGGUAAAACAAGAGGAGACAUAACUAAGUACUAUAUAUGUAAUAAAACAUAAAUGGCCAAAAUGUAUGCAGCCCACCACUGCGAUAAAGUACUUCAAUUACGUUGGGUCCUAACUGCCUAGAUUUGUAUGACUAAAUAAACAACAAUAAAACACACACAGUACUUUCCUGCAAAGAAAGGAGCAGAGGAAAUGAGAAAACUGCUAGCAGGAACAGACUCUGAAACAAAAAUGUAAAUGGCAAAGGAACGGGUGUGGCAACAAAAAAACAAACAUUUAAAGGAACUCAGGAGACUGGGAAUUCCAGGAACAGAAUAAAAGAAUGAACCCAGAAAACCCAGCAUAAAGAAAACAAGACAUAGAAUAGAAAACCAGAAAAACUAAACAAAAAUAAUUCUGGAUAUCAGAAGACAUUUAUCUUGUUGUUUAAAAAAGAAGGGUAUAGGCGCUCACUAAAAAACCAAUAAGUGUGGAAGGCAGCAGUGAACCUGCAGGACUUCCCAAUGCCUGCUAUGUAGUGAAAGUGAAAAAUAAAAUAGUGGUAAACCGCGCCAAAACAAAAGUGAUCAAAUAAUCAUAUUUAUACAUACAUUUUGUUCUUGAAUUUUACAGCAUUUGAAAACCUCAAAAGGAAAGAAGAAUAAACAAUAAUAGUGCAGUAUGUUAAAAAUAUUGUAAUAGUGUAUAAAUAAAAUAGACUGUGAGUGAAGAGCAAACUCACACUUUACCGAGCUGCUAGGAGCUCUGCCGUAUAGCGCCUGGACGGUACAAUCCCCGUCUUAGGAUCUGAAUAUACCGGGAAGUCCAAAUUCAGCGGUCAUAUAUAUGUGGAGAAAACAAAAUAUAGAGACCAAUGGUACAGUAUCAUAAGCUAGAAAUAAUAUAGGAAAAUGUAGGUAUCCUACUUACAGUAUCCAGAGCAAUGACUUGCUCUGGUGAUGUCAGCUUGUGGGGGUAUAAUCCCCACCAAAGGAUAUAGCAGGAAAACAGCAGCACCAGAAGAUAUGCAGAAGCCAAGGGAUUUGAAAAAAAGGCAAUCAAUUUAUUAAUAAAAAAUAUAUUAAACUAUAUAUAAAUAAAAGUGUGUAUAAAACAUCUACUACAAUUUCAAAUCUUAUCCUUGACGCGUUUCGCCCGGGUAUGGGCUUUUUCAAAAGAGAGGAUGUCCUUGGCAUUCUCUUUUUGUCAUUCCUACCUCAAAGUUAGGAUCAUUCCCUAUAAUGGUUGUUCCUUUGUCUAUAUAUCGUGAUAAAAUAAUAUCCCUAAGUAUAUAUCAAAUUUGGUACCUUUAAUAACCAAGAUUAUUCUUUUUAUUCUCCUAAAGUAUAUUUCUAUCUUUUUAGAUUAUAUUAAGUACGCCCCUAACUAUACCACUGGAAUUGGAUUAACCAUUACAGGCUAUGCUUUUCCUAAUAAGGGAUAUAAAUAUAUUACUGGAAUGUGUUUUCUCACAUUAAUCACUACAUGUUAUGUUGUGCAUGCUUCACAGAUAAUAUGAAUUGGAUUAUUUUGUAUUUAUAUAUUGAAGCUAUGUAUUGAGACUACAUAUCCCAGCUACCAUCCACGGCAUGUCACUUCCGGUUUUCGGCUGACAGCUGUGAUUAUAUUAAAUGGACACUUGGAGAAACUACAUCUCCCAUCAUACAUCGGCACUCGCGACACGUCACUUCCGGUUGACGGCCGCGAUCUAAACCGCAUUCCUAGUAUGGAUGUUUUAGAUGGACUACAUUUCCCAGCAUACACUAAUGGUCGCGGCGCGUCAUUUCUGGUCGACGCCCGCGACCAAACAGGAAAUAGGAAGUACAGCGUCACACCAGAUCACCAUUGAAGAAUCAACACUCCCUAUAUUAACCGGGCGGAAUGCCAAGGACAUCCUCUCUUUUGAAAAAGCCCAUACCCGGGUGAAACGCGUCAAGGAUAAGAUUUGAAAUUGUAGUAGAUGUUUUAUACACACUUUUAUUUAUAUAUAUUUUAAUAUAUUUUUUAUUAAUAAAUUGAUUGCCUUUUUUUCAAAUCCUUUGGCUUCUGCAUAUCUUCUGGUGCUGCUGUUUUCCUGCUAUAUCCUUUGGUGGGGAUUAUACCACCACAAGCUGACAUCACCAGAGCAAGUCAUUGCUCUGGAUACUGUAAGUAGGAUACCUACAUUUUCCUAUAUUAUUUCUAGCUUAUGAUACUGUACCAUUGGUCUGUAUAUUUUGUUUUCUCCACAUAUAUAUGACCGCUGAAUUUGGACUUCCCGGUAUAUUCAGAUCCUAAGACGGGGAUUGUACCGUCCAGGCGCUAUACGGCAGAGCUCCUAGCAGCUCGGUAAAGUGUGAGUUUGCUCUUCACUCACAGUCUAUUUUAUUUAUACACUAUUAUAAUAUUUUUAACAUACUGCACUAUUAUUGUUUAUUCUUCUUUCCUUUUGAGGUUUUCAAAUGCUGUAAAAUUCAAGAACAAAAUGUAUGUAUAAAUAUGAUUAUUUGAUCACUUUUGUUUUGGCGCGGUUUACCACUAUUUUCUUUUUCAUUUAUCUUGUUGUGACAUUUAUCUUGUCUAUACUUUUUACUCUUUGUUUCUGCUAUCCUUUCAUCUAAAUUUUAUGGGUUUUAUUUGCAAUGUUUAUGUUGUAUGUUGUUUUUUUUCUUUAAAUUCAAUAUUCUCUAUAUCGAUUGGGGGAUUGGAUUCUAAUUCCUCCAAUUCCUGUUCCAGCUUGUCCUUCAUUUCCCUUGAAUGUUUAAAUUGUCUAAAAUUUCCUCCCACUCAGAAAUAAUUCAUCAUCAAUCCCAAAUUUAUUUAUUUAAUUAUAAAAUAGUUUACCAGGAAAGAUACAUUGAGAGUUCUCUCGUUUUCAAGUAUGUCCUGGGUCCACAACACAUUGCAUUGAUACAUUAUGGUGCAAUAAAAUACAAACACAAUAUUAACACACAAUAUAUACAAAAUUUAACAUAGAAUAGGUAGUAAAUAUAUAAUCAACCAUAACACGUGCAUUCUGUUUUGAGGUAUGUAGAGAGGGAUCUCUUAAAGGACUUUAGGCUUGGGGAAGAUUUUAAAGUGUGCAGGAGGUUGUUCCACAAUUGCGGCGCUCUGUAGGAGAAGGAGGAGCGGGCUGCUUUCUUUUUGUAUUGAGGUAGACUAAAGUGCCGGUACUGGAUCGGAGGUUAUAGGAGGUGGGAACAGCCGAGAAGAGCAUUUUGCUCAGGUAGGGUGGGAGUUUCCCAGAAAAGCUCUUAAACACAAGGCUGGAAAGAUGAAGGGAGCGUGUGGAUUCCAGCAGGAAUCUUUUCAACACACAGGCCUCAUGUAAUAAGAACCUCUUUUAAAAUAAGUUUCUAGGAAAGCUAUUUCUCACCAUUUUUUUGUCUCGUUAUUAAGUAAUCUUUCAUUCUUUUAAAAAUUUUCAUCUAAACCUUUAAUCCGUUGGGGCUUUUCCCAAUCUUGAAAAAUAGUUUUAAAUUUUUGGAUACGUGUUCGAUGUAGUUUGGAUAGAAAAUUAUUGUUGCGAUGUGUAUUCCACUGUGACAAAAGUCAACAUGCAAAUGACUUGAAAUAACCUAAAUGUCUUUAAUGAUGUUUGUAUUUAAAAAAGCAGAACUGUAAUGAUACAGUGAAAUCACUACAUUAAAACCAGCUGAUUUAGAAAAAUGCUUAAACUGCACUGUAGUCACAGCUUGCUAUUUUGGCCUCAAUUUUGAAUACAAAUUUCAAUUUGCUUAAAUUUGGAGGUUGUUAAAUAACUCUGGCAGAAACAGAAACAUAAUAUUAAAAUCCUUUUGAAUUUCCUGAUCGAUUCCAUAUUACAAGAGAAAAUAAGUGUUCCAUAAAAAAAAAAAAAAAAAACUUUGCAUUUUUAAUCCAGGGUAAGAGAAGCUAAAUGUAGACUGGAGCAAUUACUCUGCAAUUGUAUUUAUUUAUGUUUAAAUCUGCUUACUGCACAAAAUGUGCUGAGGCCCUUAAAGGAACACUAUAUAGUUAGAAAUACAAACGUAUUGCUAGUGCUAUAAUUUUAGUGUCACUGUCACUAAUAUAAAUGUUAAACUGUUCAGAAAUAAAUACAAAUAUAAGCUCUACCUAUCCUCCGUCUCUAACUUAUUUUCAAGCCAUGUGGUUUUCUAGUGUCACACAUUAGGAAAACAGUUCCUGAAUUUUCAGCAAGCAGAAAUCAAACAUUUUUAUAUUGCCAGCUUUAUGAGGACACACCAACCUCACUGCUGAUGCCUGUUCUAUCAUUGAAUGCAAGCAGUAAUGUUUGAUUUGCCAGAGUAUGGACAUGUGUAUAAUCUAAAAUGGUCUUUAGAUUUUGUGCAUGGUGCCCUUUUACAGAUACUCUUAUUUCUCCAUAAAAUGAGGUGGGAUGGGUUACUUUUUCAUUAAUCAGGUUCAUCUUAUUCUGUUUUAGAUAUUGUAGGUUUGCAAUAAUACUUAUAUUUGUAUACACACAUGUGAUUUUGUUUUAACAUUUAGAUAUGAUUGAAAAGGAAAUGAUAAAGAUCUUCAAUAUUCCCGAAGAAAAAGAGACCAGACUGUGGAACAAAUAUAUGAGCAAUACGUUUGAGCCUCUGACCAAACCUGAAAGUACCAUACAAGAUGCUGGCUUGUAUCAGGGACAGGUAUGACACACAUUUUAUGCCUAUAUGUCUUUGUAAUUUUUAUACUUUAAAAAAAAAAAAAAAAAUCUGUUUAUGUAUUAUAGACAUUUAAAGUGUUUUUCUUCAUUUCUGUAUUAGUUCUGCCAUGCGACCACUCUAUGGCUUUAACAUUAAGUAGACAUUUGUGUGCUUGUAAACACAAAAACAGUUUGCUGACAAUGAUGCUAGGCAAGUACUGCCUACAGCUGUUUGUUUCAGAUCUAUGUACAGUGACUGCACAUGAUGAACAUUUCUUAUUGUUCCAAACAGAUAUUAAAUAUUUAUUAUAAUGUGGCGUACUGUAUAUCAUAUAUGUGUACCAUACUUGAUAAAGUUUAAUUUCUAAAAGUACUUACAUUUAUCCAUAGUGUUCACAGCGAUUUCCUAUGGGAAUGCUUUGGUUUGGCUAACAUCAUCAAGUUUGAUGAUCUCAGCCAAGGGGGUGGAGUGUGGGCUGGCCAGCCGUGAUUAAACCCGCACAGCGCUGGAAAAAGGGUGAGUAAAUAAACUUUUAAACUGGAGGUAAAGGGAACUGAACAGCUAUUUAGACUUAUUGACUUAUUCGUUUAAUUAGGUGUGUGAGUAAGCGUGGCUAGCAAAGUGUGAGUGUGUGGCUACUUAAAAAAAUAUAUAAAUAUUGUUUUUUUAAAAACCCACUAAAAAAGCUACCAGUUUUAUAUUUGAUAGUAUUUGAUAUUAAGGUUUCUGUUUUAUGCAGAUGCUAGUAAUAGAACAGAAAACUCAAGAGGGACAGUGGCCAAGAGGUUCUACACCCAAGUAAGUUUUUAUACCUUUUCUUUGUGGAUCCUUAUGAAAUUAUAUAUAUAUAUAUAUAUAUAUAUAUAUAUAUAUAUAUAUAUAUAUAUAUACAGGGAGUGCAGAAUUAUUAGGUAAAUGAGUAUUUUGACCACAUCAUCCUCUUUAUGCAUGUUGUCUUACUCCAAGCUGUAUAGGCUCGAAAGCCUACUACCAAUUAAGCAUAUUAGGUGAUGUGCAUCUCUGUAAUGAGAAGGUGUUUGGUCUAAUGACAUCAACACCCUAUAUCAGGUGUGUAUAAUUAUUAGGCAACUUCCUUUCCUUUGGCAAAAUGGGUCAAAAGAAGGACUUGACAGGCUCAGAAAAGUCAAAAAUAGUGAGAUAUCUUGCAGAGGGAUGCAGCACUCUUUAAAUUGCAAAGCUUCUGAAGCGUGAUCAUCGAACAAUCAAGCGUUUCAUUCAAAAUAGUCAACAGGGUCGCAAGAAGCGUGUGGAAAAACCAAGGCGCAAAAUAACCGCCCAUGAACUGAGAAAAGUCAAGCGUGCAGCUGCCACGAUGCCACUUGCCACCAGUUUGGCCAUAUUUCAGAGCUGCAACAUCACUUGAGUGCCCAAAAGCACAAGGUGUGCAAUACUCAGAGACAUGGCCAAGGUAAGAAAGGCUGAAAGACGACCACCACUGAACAAGACACACAAGCUGAAACGUCAAGACUGGGCCAAGAAAUAUCUCAAGACUGAUUUUUCUAAGGUUUUAUGGACUGAUGAAAUGAGAGUGAGUCUUGAUGGGCCAGAUGGAUGGGCCCGCGGCUGGAUUGGUAAAGGGCAGAGAGCUCCAGUCCGACUCAGACGCCAGCAAGGUGGAGGUGGAGUACUGGUUUGGGCUGGUAUCAUCAAAGAUGAGCUUGUGGGGCCUUUUCGGGUUGAGGAUGGAGUCAAGCUCAACUCCCAGUCCUACUGCCAGUUCCCUGAAGACACCUUCUUCAAGCAGUGGUACAGGAAGAAGUCUGCAUCCUUCAAGAAAAACAUGAUUUUCAUGCAGGACAAUGCUCCAUCACACGCGUCCAAGUACUCCACAGCGUGGCUGGUAAGAAAGGGUAUAAAAGAAGAAAAUCUAAUGACAUGGCCUCCUUGUUCACCUGAUCUGAACCCUAUUGAGAACCUGUGGUCCAUCAUCAAAUGUGAGAUUUACAAGGAGGGAAAACAGUACACCUCUCUGAACAGUGUCUGGGAGGCUGUGGUUGUUGCUGCACGCAAUGUUGAUGGUGAACAGAUCAAAACACUGACAGAAUCCAUGGAUGGCAGGCUUUUUGAGUGUCCUUGCAAAGAAAGGUGGCUAUAUUGGUCACUGAUUUGUUUUUGUUUUGUUUUUGAAUGUCAGAAAUGUAUAUUUGUGAAUGUUGAGAUGUUAUAUUGGUUUCACUGGUAAUAAUAAAUAAUUGAAAUGGUAUAUAUUUGUUUUUUGUUAAGUUGCCUAAUAAUUAUGCACAGUAAUAGUCACCUGCACACACAGAUAUCCCCCUAACAUAGCUAAAACUAAAACAAACUAAAAACUACUUCCAAAAAUAUUCAGCUUUGAUAUUAAUGAGUUUUUUGGGUUCAUUGAGAACAUGGUUGUUGUUCAAUAAUAAAAUUAAUCCUCAAAAAUACAACUUGCCUAAUAAUUCUGCACUCCCUGUGUGUGUGUGUGUGUGUGUGUGUAUAUAUAUAUAUAUAUAUAUAUAUAAAAUCAUUAUAUGUUCAUGUCCAACUUAAAAAGAUUUCAUGACAAUUUCAAGAAAACUGCCAUAUGUGAAUUAUGCACACGUACAAAAUGUUAUUUAGUAUUUUAAAUGUUAUUGAGUACUAAGAAAUAUACAUAUAACAGUGCAAGUGUAUAUAAAAUGGUGAGCAUCCAGAUUGGUGAAAUAUAUAAUUUCAAUUGCAGACAUGUGUAAUGACAUUACUGGCAGGUUAACUUAAUUUGAUCCGUCUCAUUAUUAUGAGCUAAUGGUUAGUAACACCUGUAAGCUGUGUUUAUAUACAUUAAAGGGUUACUGUCACCAUUUGGGCACGUUGCUGAAUUCACAAAGACCCCAAUGUUUUUUUCCAAAGAAUGAAGGGUGUGGAACUGCACUCAAUCCCCUAAACAAUAGGAAUCUGGGUGCAACAGGAUUGGUCCCAGUACCAAGAAACCAAGUUGCUCAAUGAGAUAAAUGUAGAAAAGUUCAGGCACUCCAGAAUUAAAAAAAGGCAACUUAUUGAACCCACAGCCAAAGUAAUGUUUCGAACAAAACUGGUCUUUGCCAAAGACCAGUUUUGAAACGUUCCUUUGGCUGUGGGUUCAAUAAAUUGCCAUUUUUGAAUUCUGGAGUGCCUGGACUUUUCUACAUUUAUCUCAAAGACCCCAACGGUGACAUUGCCGCUAGUGGCAGGUAAACGUGCUGCACUAUUUCAAAUGCACGUUUGAAACAAUGAGUACAGCAAUGAGGUCUGUGGAGUAUCCUGCGAGAGCAUGGGAUCCUCCAAAGACACAGCCUAUUCCCUGCAGCUGUCACUGGUGAAGGCUGGGGGAAUUAAUUCUUAAACUCUAUCUUUAUGACAUACUAAUUUUUCGGGGAAGGGGCAGUCACAAUGACGCUUUAAUACUGAUGUGUAAUUUAUACUACAUAUUUACAUUGUAUUGGGCAUUAUUAUUUUUAAUUAAAAAGUCUAUUAUUUAGAAACAUAAAAGCACUACUGGAAAGUAGCUAUAUAUAUAUCUAUAUAUAUGUAUGUUAUAUACAUAAACAACUUGAUAAAAGGAAGAAACAUAUGCUAUACCAGAAAACAUAAGAAAAUAGCUUCCCAUAGAGGUAGAAUUAGUAUCUUUAUCAAGUGUAACCUCUUUUACAGUAAUAAAACAAAGCCUUAACUCGAUUAUGCUUAGUUGUGAUUUUUUUGCUAUAUAUUCUUCAUACACAAUCCAGUAUACUGCCCGUAGACAAAACAUACAAGAGAAAUGGCAAAAUCUUACAGGUGUUCCAGGUUGUAGCAAAACGAGGACAUGGCAGGCUGCAGCCGACGACAGUGAGUUUUGGCACUUCUUUACAUAGUACCAGAACUAACUGAUUUUGUUAUCUUUAGAACUAUGCUUUGAAUAAUGUUUACUUUAAUCCAGAAUUCUGGCAAGCCACAAAAACAGCCACAUGUCCGAUAUCUACAGUAAUGUUGCAAAAUUAUGCUUUGAUUUCUUUCUGCUUGUACUAAAACCUUCUUUCAUGUUCUUUUCUUUUGCUAAACGGUGUUAGUUGAUCAAUGAAGUACUAAUGUCAAAGUGCUCUUUUAAGCCUUACUGGCACUUUAUUUGAUGAAGGAAGUGCUGUAUCUUUGUUGCAUUUUCAUUUUGUGUUUUUCAUGAAAAUACUCCCAGUACAAACACCUAACAGAUCGUUCUGUUUUUUCAUUAUUUAGUGUGUCACAGUUUAUUGCAUUUACUAUUAGUUCAUGAAGCAUACAUGGUUUGUCUUUUACAAUGUGACAUUUGUGUGAUUUGACAUACUUAUGCCAUGUGCAAUGGAUAGGAAAUUAGCAUAUGCUUCAUUUUUGGUUAUUGUAAUAAGAGGGGAAAGAAUGACAACCAACUGUGUGUCAACAAAGUCAAGUGUUCUAAUGUUGAAGGGAAUCAAGCCUAAUUUAGGGAAGUAUUUCUACCCUUAGACAAUGAUAGAGUCCUCUGAGAGCACAUGGCCAAAUCCAGGUAAAACCAAUUAAGACUGUUGGUAAACUUCCCCCCCUUCUCUGCCAAUGCAGUUCCCUUUCCCCAAAAAUCACUCUGGUCUCUAUUGAAUACUACUAGCUGAUUGGCACUGCCGAAGGAGGAGGGGGAAAGGGGGGGGGGGGGUGUCCUGUUAUACCACUUCCUAUCUAUUUUUGUACUUCCCUCUUGGCACUAUAUACACACUCUCUGUGUCUGUUUGUGGGAACACGUGAUUAGCAGAACAAAGGAGUAUUAGCUUGUAUCACGCCUUUUGCAUUGUUCAUUUUCUUAUUUCCAUUCAAUCAAUAAAUAGUUUAACCGCAUAUACUGACUAGGAUAUUUAUAUAUACUUUUAUAUUCCUACAAUAAUAGUCUAAACUAGCAAGUAGUAAAGUAAUUUUAUAAGUUAUUUCAGUUGUAUAAUGCUCAAUGUGUGAAUGCAUCUCUAAUUACCUCCAAAAAUUUCAUUUUUGUGUCAACUCAAUCUUCCCUUUUAGAAUGUACACUUAGGGACUAUGCUAUCCUUUAUAAAGUUGCUACAAAUAGUAGACCACGCACUCAUAGGCACCAUUUUCUAUUCCUUAUGUACCAGUAUAUCAAAUCAUAAACCAUCCUGUCUUUGGUUGUUAUUAAUAAAUAAGGAGUUAAAGUCUGUAAAACAUUUCUAGAUAUGCCGGAUCCUAUAUAACUGUAAGUAUUAAUGUUACCGCCACAAAGGCCACAAAGGCCACAAAGGCCGCAAUCCUACAGCCUCACUAUAAUCUGGGAAUGGGACCGCGAUGUGUCCCUAUCUAAUUCAUAGAUAGAUGAGGACAAAGUCCUCACUUUUCAGUAAAGACUUAAAUCCAUAUAAAAUGUAAUGGUGGUAGUCACGACACCUGUUUAUUAUAGUGUUUUGGGAGAGAAGUGCUCAUAAGGAAUUAUUUUCUUUGCUUAUUUGGCAUAAUAAACAUAUUAAAAGCCAUCUGACUUUUUAAAUGAAUGAUCUAUACAUUUUAUAGGUUAUUUGACAUGGUGAUAUUAUUUCCCUUAUAAUCCUAAAAAAUUUCAUGGCAAAGGGCGUCUCCAUGUUCCACUAGCUGCUUUGUUGCCAAGGGGAACCGUGCAAUUUAAUCCCCCUUUUUUUUUUUUUUUUUUUUAUGUCACUUUAUUUUUCAAAUAAAACGUCUCAUGACCCUGUUUUUGUAAGGUAACCUCUACAUCAAUAACCUGACAAACAAUGCCUUAACUAAGGAGAAUACAGUUCUUGCUGAUUUCAUUUAGAAGUUUUUUUGUUCAAAUUGUAGAGGAAUGAUAAUUUAUUGCACUUUUUAAGCCAAAUAGUCAAUUUGGAAAAUCACACCAUCGUUAAGGAAAUUAUCUUUGAAGUAUCGUUUCUCAACUUUAGGAACCCAGCAAUCUGCAUUCCAGUUGCAUUCCUUUUCUGGUCCUUUUUCUUGUUGCUGAUGUGUCUUGUUCCUGACUAUGGUAUUCUGAAACCUGCUGAGAUCGAUCCUAUUAGCACAGUCUGUUGACCAGUAUGCCACAGGCCUCUUUCUACCUGUCUGUCGAACUCCUUUACUGACCUGGCCUCACUUCUUGUCUGAACGUCCUAUCGUCAGCCUGCAGCCUUAAGACCAGUACCCAGUCUGGCCCUACCAUUUAUUGAGAGUGUAUUGACCAUCAGCUGAGUCCAAGUGGCUGCCAAAUUUCAAAGAGUCAACCUGUUGACAUAAUUUUCCACUAAGGUGAUGGCCCCCACUGAUGUAUUCUACCCUAUUUAUGAAAGAAAGCUCCAGCAAAAACUUUGCUACGAAUGAACCAUAUUGGCUUAGACCUAGUUGAUACUACACCUUUACUGUAGUCUGCUUCUGAGUUCUUAUUUUCUUCAAUAUUUUAGCACAAAUUAUUUUUAUAUAUUGUUAUAUGCAGAACUGCCAUUCAUUGAACUUCAUCUAGCUGUCAACUUCUCAACCAUUUGGUGAACUUUUAACAGUGAGAAGUUGGCAGACUAUUGCAAUGCUACAAUUUUAGACAUAAUGAAAGGGGUGUCGGUGUGUACAAAGAUAGGCAGUAAGAGAGCCAUGUGACUCAUGUGGGAGCCUGGUUCUGAGAUUGUGUGGAAUAAAUGGAUAAAGGGAAAAUAAAACCAAAGCUAUAGAGUAGAAGUUCAAAAAUAGCAUUUAUUUGUACUUUUGAGGUCAUCUUAUGACGACGCACAAGCAAGAAGGAAAAACUUUUGACAGCAUAAUUGAUGCACUGGAUAUAUUUUGUGGAAGAAAACAGAAGAGGCCAUUAAAAAGAGGUAAACGUACUUGUAGUUUAUUCACCUAGUCUGUGCGCACAAUCAAUUGAGGGAAACAGACAUCCAUUUAACAUUUCAAUAUGUUUUAUUCGAAGAAGCCUUUGAAAAGCAAGUUGUCCAAGUUUGCUGCAAAGUCUGCAGAAGAUAGAAAACCAGAGCAUGAUGACCUGACACCUGUCAAGAUCAUCUGAUGGAAAUACAGUUAAAUCCUUGCGAAAGGUGAUUACUUCUAAUUUAAUGGGUUUUUUUUUCCUUGUUCAUAUAUACAGAUUAUUGAUGUGCAUAUCAAGCAUUAAUUAUACACUUGUUUGACAGAUAUAAGCAGUGGUAAGAAUGCAUAUUUGUACCAACAUCAGGCCAUUCUAUGUACAUACAUAUAAAUUUGCAUUCCAUUUUUGAACAUUAAAGGGACACUCUACUGCCCAUAUAGAAAAUAAAUAAAAAUCACUGUUUAGUUGAUAAAUCCCAAAUGAAAACUUGCAUGCAUUUAAUUGUGCAUUUUUUCACUGGAGUUAUGUCUAACAACACAUUGUAAAAGCUGCAGAUCUCUUGUCUGCAGCCCUUGCAAGCCCUCCCUUUGUAAAACCGACCAGACUUUGAUGGUCCAAUAACAGAUCUCAAAUUGCAGCUCAAUGAGAAGUAUUAGCAAAGCAGGUGCUCUGAGCAGUUGCUGCCUCUUUAGUUCAGUACAACUAAGCUAACCAAACAAAGGAGUAACAGGACCUGAUGUCUGCUUUAAAAGCCAGGAGGUUGUAACCUGUAUAAUUUAUAAAUGAGUCACUUUCUACUGAAAUCUGCUCAGUUUGAAAAUGAAAAAAAAAUGGACACACACAAAGAAUUUCAGCAAGCUAAAGUACUUUAGGGGUCUGAAGUAUUCCUUUAACAGAUUUGUUGUCUAGUAAUUCCUUUUCUUACAUUUAUUGACAUCUGAAAAACAGUGCAGCCAAUAAUUAUUUGAAAAGUGACUCAAGUUUUCUCAUUUUGUCUUUGAGCUCAGCACAUGAAACUUGAAACGAAACAAUGACUAAGGGGAUAAAGCACACAAUGUCUAUUUUGAGGAUACUUGUGGUCACAAAAUGUUAACCAUUACGGUAGUCCUUUUUGUACAUGCUUUAACCAGGGUACGCAUUUCUACUAGCUAUUGGUGAGUGAAAAUUAGGCACUGGCAUGUAGAAAUUCACCCCUGGUGAGUAUACCGUGGUUUAUCCAGGCUUGCAGUAUAUGAGUAACUUUUAAGUCCUAACUAGUAUCUGAGGAUUUUAAAUUGUAAGCCCUGAUCCGACCCAUGUAUCAACACAAUUUGGUUAUGAGACAUCUGAGCAUCAGACUGUUAAACGGACUCUCCAGUGCCAGGAAAACAAACUGUUUUCCUGACACUGCAGGCCCCCUCUCCCUCCCACCCACCAUCCCAAGUUGCUGAAGUGGUUAAAACCCCUUCAGUGACUUACCUGUAUCCAGCGCCGAUGUCCCUCGGCGCUGGUUCGGGGUCCACCCACACUCCUCCCUCGCCGACGUCAUCCGGCGGGGGAGACCUACUGAGCAUGCGCAGACGCUGGCGGGGGAGACCUAAUGCGCAUGCGCAGCAAUGCCGCCCACGCGCAUUAGACCUCCCCCAUAGGAAAGCAUUGAAAAAUGCUUUCCUAUGGGGAUUUUAGCGACGCUGGAGGUCCUCACAUAGCGUAAAGACGUCCAGCGACGCUAUAGCACACUUUUCGUGUGCUAUAAACACGGAAGUUCCCUCUAGUGGCUGUCUAGUAGACAGCCACUAGAGGAGGAGUUAACCCUGCAAGGUAAAUAUUGCAGUUUAUGAAAACUGCAAUAAUUACACUUGCAGUGUUAAGGGUAGUGGGAGUUGGCACCCAGACCACUCCAAUGGGCAGAAGUGGUCUGGGUGCCUGGAGUGUCCCUUUAAGUUAUUUGUGGAACCUCCCAUAAAAUGAAGUGACAGCGAACAAAAAAUAAAAAAAAGAUAUUUACCUCCCAUAACUUGUUGACUUGUUAUGUAAUUACCAGGAAACUAUAACUGUCAGUAUACAUUUAUCUUGUUCGUUUGUAAUGUGCACUGUGUUGAAGUACAGAAACAAAACAAAUGUUAGUGUUAAAAUAGGAAUGCACUGUGUAGUGUUUUUUUGUUGAUUAUGAUUAUUUCUUAGUGUGGUUAAUAGUCUCUUUUUUUCUGCUUUAUUUAUAGUUACUGAGAUCUAUCUAUCAAUCAAGAAAAUCCCUGCUUACUAGGUUAGAUCCAGAUACUGUGAAUUGUCAAACAUUUGCCCUAUUCCCUAUGACAAGAUUGUCUGGAAUCAUGAAAGAUGUUGGUCCUUUGAAUAACCUCACUGAACAAUAGAAUAGAUUGGCAGAUUUUGAUUUUAGAGAUAAGAAAACAGAGGCAUCAAUGUAUUGAAAAGUUUUUGGAUGUAUGUAACCAUUUAGAAUCAAGGCAUUAUCUCGUUGGAACUCAAAAGAAGGAAACUAAGUGAAGUGGAACACUUUUACAAUCCGUUUUUGGAAAUUGGAUGGCAAAACUUCAUGACAGAAUGUGAAGCAUCUGGAAUUGCAAUAAUAAUAUGUACAACAGCAUAAGACAUUCAGAGAAGAUACUCGUGAUUCAACACAAUUUAAGACUGUAAAAUUAAACCAUUGUUUUGGUAUUAUGAAAGGGUGAUCAUGGCUCCCUUUAAGGCUAUGUCUGUAUUUUUGUAUGUCAUAUAAUAAAAUUAAUUACCUGUAAUAGAUCUUUUAAUUUCCACACAUGUUUAAUUAUAAUUUAAUCAAAAAUAUGUAAUUAUAAAAUAGAAUCUUAAAACAUAUUUGGUUUUGUAUUGUUUUAUUGCGAGUUUUACUUGUAGCUUUAAUGAAUGGGAUUUAUGGUAACUUUUAAUUUUGGAUUUUAUAGCAGUGCAUGUGAAUGGAUGAAAAUGGAGAAUGAGUUCUGGUGCUGGGAAAAAAAAUUCAGUCAAGCAAAAACUACAAUAAGAAUAUCAUAAUCUCAAUCACUUGCUCUUUGAUCUAAAUGGUCUCCAGUCUUUAUUAUUAGUUGUGUAAUCAAUACAGUGUAGUGUUUAUUGGAGAACAGAUUUAGUAGAUGCACAGGGUAAAACAGAUGCAAAUCCAUCCCUAACUAAGUGAAAGGUGUCAGCAUCCUUAAAGGAACUCUAGAGAGUCAGGAACACAAACGUGUAUUCCUGACUCUAUAGUAUUAAACAGGCUAGCGCCCCUUGCUCUCCUUGAAUAACUAGAAAAAUCACCUUAUUUUAAGCGCAGUACGGGUCCAAUGGCCCCUGAUCUGCUUCCUUGCCUGACAUCAUCAGGAUUGAUUACAAUGUUUAGAUUGAUCACAAUGCUAUCACAUAGGAUUGUCUGAGAUAGUCAGUUCUGAAUAUUUCAGUAAAGGGGGGGGGAUCCAAUCGCCACCCUGGUCGAUCAGUAUCUCCUCAUAGAGAUACAUUGAAUCUAUGGGGAAAGUUCCACAUCUCUAGUGGCCAUCUGAGAAGUAGCCAAUGGAGGUCUCCCUAGGCUGUAGUGUAAACACACUACCUUUUCUCUGAAAAGGCAGUGUUUAUAGCAGAAAACCUACAGGGACUGACUAUGCUCACCAGAACAACUACAGUAAUCUGUAUUUGUUCUGGUGACUGCUGUCUCUUUAAUUAAAAGACAGUAAGGAGGCAGGCAAGCUAGCAGGGGUUAGAGAUCUAGGAAAACAUACAUAAACGGAUUAAAAAAUAGGCCUAAGAAUAAUAUAACACGAAUGCAGGCAGAAACAAAAGUAUAGUCCUCCUAAAGCAGUGAAGCCAAACAAAGCUUAUAUGAAAACCAUAUUUAAUUUGUGUGAAGAAUCUGCAGGUGCAGGCACUGAACAGAUUAUUUCCCAGUAGCCAGCUAGAGAACUUUAUGAACAUACUCUAAUAAAGCUUGGGUAGGAAGAGCUGGUAACAUUAAUUAGAACUUCACUUUCAUUAGUCUUGGUAAUGAAACGGUACUGUAACAACAGAAUUACCAUCAACCAAAAACUAUAACACCGUAAACACAAAAAUGCUAAGAUCAGAGGAUAGAUCCUUAGAGAGGUCAUUGAUAGUGACUAUUUGCAGUGAAAUCCUUCUGCAAUAUUCUUACUAGCAGAAAAACAAACACAAAGAGAGAGUGAGUGUGGUAUGUAUAUAUAUAUAUAUAUAUAAAAUACAAAAUACAGAAUCCAGCACACUUGUUUAUUCACUAAACAAUGAUUUCAAAUCUCAGAGAUUGUAAUAGUUUUAUUUAAAAACACCUCAUCUAGGCAAAAAAUGAUGGGGGUUUAGUUACAUUAUAUGAUCAUACAUUGCAUAAGCCUGCCAACUACAUCAAAGUACCCCAUAUUCGGCAGGUCCUAUCCUAGUAGCAGCCUAAUGCUUGCUCUUAUAUGGGGUACUUUGACGUAGUUGGCAGGCUUAUGCAAUGUAUGAUCAUAUAAUGUAACUAAACCCCCAUCAUUUUUUGCCUAGGUGAGGUGUUUUUAAAUAAAACUAUUACAAUCUCUAAGAUUUGAAAUCAUUGUUUAGUGAAUAAGCGAGUGCGCUGGAUUCUGUAUUUUGUAUAUUUUGGCCCCAGCAGCACCGUAUAAUGUAAGCAUGUUCAGGUGAGUGCAGCCCUCUUGGUUUUAUAUAUAUAUAUAUAUAUAUAUAUAUAUAUAUAUAUAUAUAUAUACAUACACACACACACUGGAUUUGCCUCUGUGUUAAUAAUUGAAAACCUGCGGGUUCCCAUGGGAUUCCCUUCGGGAUUUAUGAUGGCACUCGACAGGCUUGCCUCCGUCUCCAAUUCUGUUCUUCCUCUUCUUGGAGCCUCUUCUGCAUCGUGUCAGGGAGGAUAGAUCUAUUCAGGCUAUGACAAUCGGUCAGGAGACUUAUAAGGUCGCGACUUAUGCUGAUAAUGUUUUACUUUCUAUUAUUAACCCAGUUCAAUGCCGUUUUUUUGCCUACUAGAUCAUUUCGGAGUAUUUUCACGCUAUAAAAUUAACUACUACCGAUAAUUAAACACCCUUGGUUGACACCUUGAAAGAGGGAUUGGAGUCCUGGCAGGACAAGCCCAUCUCUUGGAUUAGCAGAAUCCGCUGUAUUAAAAUAAACGUACUGCCCAGACUUUUGUUCUUAUUUCAGAUUCUGUCUCUUUGAGUUACUCAAAGUUGCUAGGACCGACUUGAACAGACUGCAGAAAGCACUGCAGACUGGCCAGCAAUCUUCUCAAUAGAUCUAUACACCAGGAAUGUGGUUGGGGGUGGGGGAGUUAGGCCUUCCGAACUUUCUUAUAUAUUAUUAUGCAGCAUAUUUGUCCCAAAUAUUUAUGUGGCAUGCUCCCACUGGAGAUCACCAAUGGCUCGACCUUGAGGUGGGUUCGGAUUUACCAUCAUUCUUUAUGUGGCUCGACAAGCCCUCCAGAGUUGUACUGUGCACGUUGCGUCCUGUCCCGUUGCAUUUUUUGUUAUUGUCUCAUCUGGUAAAUUCCCCUUUAAUUGUAAAGCGUUGCGAAAUAAGCUGGCGCUAUUUAAAUACCAAUAAUAAUAAUAACGUUAAAUUACAUUGUGUCUUGAUUUAUUUAAAAAAUAAAAGCCAAAAUGUAGAAGCUAUGUGUGGAAAAACUAAAUACACCUUAUGAUUCAGUAGCUUGUAGAACUACCUUUAGCAUCAAUAACUUGAAGUAAUCAUUUUCUGUAUGACUUUAUCAGUCCCUCACAUACUUGUGGAGGAAUUUUGGCCCAUUCGUCUUUACAAUGUUGCUUCAGUUGAUUGAGGUUUGCUGGUAUUUGUUUAUGAACAGCUCUCUUAAAAUCCCAUCAAAGCAUUUCAAUCGGAUUGUGGUCUGGACUUUGACUGGACCAUUGCAACAUCUUGAGUCUUUAUUUAUUUUUUUCUUCAGCAAUCCUGUUGUAGAUUUGCUGGUGUGUUUGUCCUGUUAAAUGACCCAAUUUCAGUCCAGCUUUAGCGAUCAGACAGAAGGCCUCACAUCUGACGCUAUAAUACUUUGCUAUACAGAGGAGUUCAUGGUCAACUCAAUAACUGCAACGUUCCUAGGACUGUAAAACAAGCCAAAUUCAUUACCCUUUCCACCACUGUGCUUGACAGUUUGCAUGAGGUGUUUGUGCUUCUAUGCUGUUAUUGGUUUUUGCCAAACAUGGUGCUGUGCAUUAUUGUCAAACAUCUCCACUCUGGUCUUAUCUGUCCAAACGACAUUGUUCCAGAAGUCUUGUGGUUUGUUCAGAUGCAAACCAAAGCUGUGUUGCCUUGUUCUUUUUAGAGAGAUUAGAAACCCUUCCAACAAAAGCAUACCUAUUUAGUCUUUUUCUAAUUGUAUUGUCAUGAUCUUUAACUUUUUUUUGCAAUUUUUCUGAGCACGGUUUGAGCCUGGGGUAAAUUUGCUGGGAUGUCCACUCCUGGGAAGAUUGCCAACUGUCUUGAAUGGUUUUCACUUUUGAAUAAUCUUUCUCACUGUAGAAUGAUGGACUUUAAACUGCUUGUAAAUGGCCUUAUAACCCUUCCCAGUUUGAUGGGCAGCAACAAUAUGUUGUGUUUUUCAUCUGAGAUUGUAGUUAACUAAUUUAAAUACUUGUUAAGAAACAGAUGUUUGUUCUAAUGUCCUGAUAUGUAAAACCAUAUAAUUCAAAGAGGGUGUAUUUUUUUUUUUUCCCCAUGACUGUAUAUAAACAAAUGAUGAGUCUGGGACUCUGCCUGAUAAAAAAAUAAAUAAUAUAAAUCUGUACAAACCAAGAUGCUUCUCAGCGCUGGAUAUAGUCCAUUGAAAUUAUGAGAGCACUCAUAAUAAAUAAAACACUCCAGGUAUAAAAUACACAUAGAUUAGUAGAUCAAUAGAUGAACAUUUUGAAUAUAUAUAUAUUUUUAUUAUAUAUACAUAUUAUAUUUAUACACACUUGCUCCAGACCUGUACUUUUAAUUUACUAGAGUGAAAGAACCAUUACCCAGCUACAUACAGUAUGUCAUUCUGUUAAAAUUAUACCUGUUUUUAUACGUAUUCACCAAAGCAUCCUUUAUAUUGUUAUUUUGUAAGGUUUGACUAAAUUAAAUAAACUGAUACAGCAGGUACAGCCAGUAAGGUGGGCUUUUGUAUAAAAUGUCUUUCUUUUUUUUUCUCAGCAAGCAAAUUGUGGGAUGAUUUCAAUAAAUGUUUAGUGACCUCCUUAUUUUUUAUUUGUUUAAACAGAGCUUUUCUCAUCUGUGAUUCUUGUAUAUUUAAUUAUACUUAAUAUUUUCACAAGCCUGUGGUUGCCCCAUAAAUAAACAUUUAUCUGAUGACGUUCUGUGAUUCCAGAAGUUUAGCAAUUUUAAUCUAGUAUUGUUUUGCAACUUUCCUUGUAUUUUUUUUUUCCACUGUUCCUUUGUACAGUAAUCUUACAUUUCUGAUAUUCCUGUCCGGUUCAAUGGGUGAUCUAUGUAUAUUUCAACACCCAUCCAGCAGGGUUAAUCGGAUAUGUACUUAUGUACCGGCAGCUGUUUCACUGAGUACAAUACAGGAAUGAAACUGCUACUCAAGCUGACAGCAGCCAUGGAUAUAUAAAUGACUUCUGCCUUGCCUUGUUUAUGAGAUACCCUAAAUGAACAUCUCCAAAAGAGGAAGAUAUGUUUAUAGGGUGCUUGCUGCCAUUGAAUUCCUUGUUGUGCUGGUUUAGAACAGCAUCACUGUUAAGAGCCUACAUCCACAUGAGGUUAUUCAUUUUUCUUCUUUGAUACAUUUUUCUUCUUUGUGACCAUUGCAACAAUUAAAGACAACUAAAUGGGGAGUCCAUGCAGAACAGUUGAUAAUGCCAAGCUUAUCUGACAUCUGCCAUAACCUUAAAAUAACACUAUAUAAUUAGGAAUACCUCCUCCGUGCAAUAAAAAUUUAAAAUAAAUAUUUACUCACCUUUUUCCAGUUUUGAAGCUCCACCGGCACUGCUUACCGCUCCUCCUCCAUCAACGGCAUGGUUUCCUUUGCCGAUGUACAAUCUAAUGCUCCUCUAAGAGGAGCAUUGGAGACCUAAUGCACAUGUGGGGCAUGCACUUUCAAAAUUCCCCAUAAGAAAUCGUUGACUCGUGGCUUUUCUAAUGGGGCUUUCAUGUCACGAGAUUAAGUUUGCCUGGUCAGUGAAACGAAAGCGCAUCUUGUGACUAUCAUACUGACAGCUACUUAAGGUGGAUUUAACCCUGGAAUGUAAACAAAAAUUACAAUGUUUUACAUUAAUGGGUUAAGAUGACACAGACAGUGCAACCAGGCCACUUCAUUAAGAUGAAGUUGUCAGGGUGACUAUAGUGUUCUUUUAAGUCAAACCACCUAUAUCUUUGUUUCACCAUCAUUAUCCAUUGGAUGUAGCUCUAUCCACGAAUUAGACAAACUGUUUCCUGUGCAACCAUGGAUUUAUUUUUAAUGUUAAUGUUCCUUUUCUCUGUUUAAAUUAAUGACCCUCCCCUGUAUUUUAACGAAAAAAAGCUUGAAAACUCACUUGCAAUCCAGCACAUGAUGAUCUCUGUCCAUGUUCUGCAUGCUGUGUGUGAAAUCCUUAAAAAAUCAAGUCUUCAAGGUUCACUCUACAAACCAAAACAACAUUACCUUAAGGAAAUAGUUUGGUCGUGCAGAUCAGGCUCCUUUUGUCUCACUACUCAAUUCUCUGCCAUUCAGGAGUUAAAUCACUUUUGUUUGUGCUCAUACAGCCCUAGCCACUCCUCCUCUGGCUUUGACUCUCAGAAGCCAUGAACAGAAAAAUAAUUUUCAAACAAAUCUUACAGCACAUUGUGUUUAUUUUAGAGGUUAUCUCCUGCUCCAUUAAUUGAACUUUAAGCACACGUGAGACAUCUGCAGGGUAUUAGCAGAGCAGGAAAUAAAUUCUAAAUUAAACACAGAGUGCAGUAAGGGAAGCUAGAUGAAUUAAGCUCUUUUUCAGAUGUGUGUAGGAAGGCUGUCUAAAUCUUUUCCAGGAGAGGUGUGCUAGAUCUGCCUAAUUUAACUCCUAUUUGGCAGAGAAUUGGGCACCAAAACAACUUCAUUAUUCUAAAGUUUUUUUGUGCUUAUAGUAAAUAUAUUGUGCAUGCAUUUGUAUACGCUCCUAUCGAAUGUAUACAUGAAUAUGUAAUAGAGUAGUCCAAUGUUGUGGAUUUAUUUGGUGGCAGGGGGAGUGUCUUGCUAGUGUUUACCUAAAUACUGUACAGACAUCAGAAACAUGGGAUUUGCUAUUUACCAGUUAAAAAUCUAUUGAUGGUAUUAGUAAUACCUAAUGCCUAGUAGUAGUGAUAACGCAACUGAAGUAACUAUGUUAAAGGGACACUAUAGUUACCUGAACAACUUUAGCUUAAUGAAGCAGUUUUGGUGUAUAGGACAUGCCCCAUGCAGCCUCACUGCUCAAUCCUCUGCCAUUUAGGAGUUAAAUCCCUGUGUUUAUGAACCCUAGUCACACCUCCCUGCAUGUGACUUGCACAGCCUUCCAUAAACAUUUCCUGUAAAGAGAGCCAUAUUUAGGCUUUCUUUAUUGCAAGUUCUGUUUAAUUAAGAUUUUCUUGUCCCCUGCUAUGUAAAUAGCUUGCUAGACCCUGCAAGAGCCUCCUGUAUGUGAUUAAAGUUCAAUUUAGAGAUUGAGAUACAAUUAUCUAAAUUACAUCUGUUUAAAUUACAUCAGUUUUUUUUUUUUUUUUUUUUUCAUGCAGGCUCUGUCAAUCAUAGCCAGGGGAGGUGUGGCUAGGGCUGCAUAAACAGAAACAAAGUGAUUUAACGCCUAAAUGACAGUGAAUUGAGCAGUGAAAUUGCAGGGGAAUUAUCUAUACACUAAAACUGCUUUAUUUAGCUAAAGUAAUUUAUGUGACUAUAGUGUUCCUUUAAAAAGUUGUCACCCUUUUAAUAUAGGUGGGCCUGUAAUACAGAGCAAGUCUGUUCCUAGUUUCAUGUGGACCAUUCACUUCUUUAAAUCAUGAAAAUACCUCUUACCAUCAACAAUUACAUGUAUUUAUGUGUGUGUGUUUAGAUACAGAUAGAUUUGUCAGUUGUGUAUUAUUAUUUUUUUAUAACUUCAUCUUUUUUGUUUAAAUUUCAUUCAUUCUAUUUUGUAAAUUCAGCAUUAUCUCUAAUGUAUCAUUUUCAUAUUUUGAAGGUCCCCUGGGGCACCACAUAUUGCAACUUUACCAAAGAUUUCUACUUCACCUCUGUCAAAUAAUUAUAGCCGCUUCAACAACAGAAAGUAAGCACUCUGUCCUGCAGUGUGUGCCUGUGUGUGUACAUUAACACAGCAUUCUUCUGCAAACCGCAGUAUGAUUUGUUUUUACACUUAAUACGCAUGGCUUAAAAUUUCAAGAGUUUUCGCAUUGACGAAUAACACCUAGAGUUGUGUAGUCAUAAAUAUCUGUAGCCUAACUGCUUUUGCCUGACAAAUUAGUGGCUUAGUAAAUCUAACAUUAACAGGGUUAUUCACUAAAGUGAGAAUUCAAUGUGAAUUCAAAUAGAAUUUAAAAUUUAAGGCCAGAGCAGCUGGACUGAAAGCAUUUUCCAGUUUGGUAAUUUUGACCUUCAGUUUGAAAUUCACUCUGAAUUCACCCUGAAUUCUCCCUGUAGUGAAUAACCCUGUACAGAGUUUAGUUAGUAGACCGAAAUUGUGAUUCGUUUUUUCACACCUUUUUUCCUCUUUCAAAUUUCUGUUAUUCUGUGAUGAUGAUGUCACUGGCUCAUAGGCAUGGUUAAAAUGACUAUAUGUGUGUUAAAAGGACACUCCAGGCACCCAGACCUCUUCUGCCCAAAGGAGUGGUCUGGAUGCCAACUCCCAUCACCCUUAACCCUGCAAGUGAUAUUAUUGCAGUUUUUAUAAACUACAAUAAUUACCUUGCAGGGUUAAGUCCUCCUCUAGUGGCUGUCUAUCAUACAGCCACUAGAGAGACAUCCGUUUUCUUAAAACACGAAAAGUGUUUUAAAAGAUGCUGGACGUCCUCAUGCUAUGCAUGAGGACCUCCAGCGUUGCUGGAAUCCCCAUAGGAAAGCAUUGAAUAAUUGCUGCGCAUGCACACUAUGUCUCUCCUCGUCGGCGGGGUGGGAGGGAGAGGGGCACUCCAGGAACCUGCAGUGCCAGGAAAACUGAUAUGUUUUCCUGGCACUUGAGGGUCCCUUUAAUUAUGGAAAAACUCUGUGAGUUUCUGCUAUUCCGUACAUUUAUAGUCCCUGGAAAGGUAUUUUAGGUGGGGGUUUUUUUUUUUUUUUUUUUACGGGGGGGUGUCUUUGUUUGUACAGCAAACUCCAAAGUAGCAACCAUUUGUCCCCACUAGAAAUUAAGGUUCUCACUUUUUUGAUGCUCUUAUUAUAUUGUGGUAAAAUAUAUAUUUUUUAAAUGCAAAGUAUAUUUAUACAGCCUUGUAAAUUAUUAUAGUAUUGUGUCUCUUGAUAUAAUCUAUAUCACUGUUGUCCAAUACUUACAAACCACCAAUGUAUCCUGUACAAUACAUCUAGUAAUACAUUAUAAUGCAACCUUUUGUAAACCUCAUACAAUACUAGUAGUAAAUAGGUUGCUAACAUUACUUUCACAAUGGUAUGCAACCGAUCUUGAUUAAUGUAUAGUUAAAAAAACAGAACCUUGCCACGUGCUUUUGGAGGAGCCUGCUUGCCAGCCUCCUGCCCCAGCACUAUGUCCCCUGUGAUAAAUCUUGGUUAAAGGCACUGUUCGUUCCUUUUGGACUUAUAUGGUUCGGUAUACGGAGCUUACCAAACGGAUUAGGAGUUUGUGUUCGUAUACCCAUUAAAGCUCCUCUUCACCCUCAACAUAGAGCCUUGUCUUGUGUGGAGGGGACACCUGUAUCUCUUCUGGGGAUUGCUAUAUCACUAUACUCCCCUGGGAUAAUAAUCACUUGCUCUUUUAAGAGCGUAUUGCUGCACUCUCUUGGAGGAGAGGUUUACCCACUGGAAGCUGGAUCCUGGUCUUGGGUCCAGGGUGGGUGGAGGACAGCGAGACCCCGACCAAGCUGUAAAGCUGGAAGUGGGGACUACAGUGCUGAUUGUGUCUGGUGCGGUGCUUGUGGUACUCGGUAAGCACUAGGAAGCAGCGAUUGGCGGAGGCACCCAGGCGGGGUGCCAGGCGCUCUGCCACAAAUAACACUUAUAAAAACCUAGUAAUGCAUUUUAGAAAAAGUUGACUAUAUAUCUUUUGACCGAAACAGAGAAUAUGAGAACUCGGACAAAAGCUUAAAGGAACUCCGUAACUUGCACUUUGGUAAAUCCCCGAUCAGGUCUCAAAAUCGUUUUUGCUCACUUGUGCCGUUACAGAGAGAACCAGUUCCAGUUAUAUAUGCUAUCCUAGAGGCAGCUAAUUUUGUUCUGUCUAGAAGCUAAGUAUCAGGAAGCCUUUCCACUAUUAUGGUAGGAGGUCACAUGCAUUUUGUGCAAAAUAAAAGCGGUCUUAGUUGCAUCUCACUCAUAAGGGCAGUCCUGAACCAAAAUGCUGGGAAGUUCUGUCUGCACAAGAGAUACAGCAACCCCAGACAAACAUUUUGGUCUUUUUGGGCCUCUUCAGUGAGGUGUAGCUGAUACCUUGAUCAUCUGGGGUUGCUGUAUCUCUCGUGCAGAGAGAACUUCCCAGCAUAUCAGUUCUGGACUGCUCUUAUGGGUGGGAUCAGUUUUUUUGUUUUUUUUUAGGAUUUAUACGUUUUUAUUGAUGUUUUCAUCAAAUGGUAAGAGGAAAGGGGUACAGAAAGAAAAAAAGGUGGAGGGGAUUUAAAACAGUCCAGCAGUUUUGCUUCUUUUCUCUCCGCAAGCAAGCAGAGCAUCGAAGUGCACAUGCACAUACUGUGGAAAAAAAUUACCUCGCCACUGGUUUUUGGAGGGGUCUACUUGCCAGCCUUUUACCCUGUGACUAUGGCCCCUGCAAUAGACCUGGCUAAAAUUCUUCAAACAGGCUCUGUUUGACCCUGGAGCUUGUUAACACGUAUUAACAACUUGGAACGUUUCUCACCGCAGUGUUCUAAUUGUUCGUCUUGGUGGGCGCGAUUCCUAUGAACAACCUUGAGGUGGCGGCCAUCUUGUUCGCAAGAACGCAGGCAGCGUGCUUUGGGCAUGAAUAUCAUGGAACUAAAAUCAGAUACAGAAAAUCCCGAACACCACUGGACUUUCAUCAUCGCCUGCGUUUUGUUUCUGAUCAGCUUAGAAUGGCACUGUUCUCUGAAACUUUGGGCAUGAAACCAUGCGUGCAGUCGUUCAAAAAGAGACUUUCAGGUAUUUCCUGAACCCCUGCUCUAAUCUGGGUGAUUUUUGGAUAUGUUGUUCACCCAAAUCAGGGCUAUCAGGGGAUGUGUUGUGUUUUGUACUUUGGGACUUUAUAAAAUAUGUGGUUUUUCUGCCUGGAGAUAAUUGAGUUACAUACAGUACUUUACUCAGUUAUCUCACAGGCAGAGGGGAGAGAUUGUAUUUUUGUUAUGGGGGUGUUUUACAUUUAAUUACUGUUCUGAUUGGUUUGUAAGCUUUGUGUCCCUGUCCCCAACAAGCUCCUUAUGAGUGUAUCCAUUGCUUGGGGACUUGCAUAAAAGGCCAGUGUGGCUACCAUUAAACCAGACUUACUUCACCCUCAAUCAAGAGUUCUGUCUCUUAUUGUAGGGAACUGCUAUACAACUAUCACUACUAGCUCUUGUAAGAGCUUCACAGAUACACUCUCUUGGAGCAAGGUCUUUCCCACAAGGUCCUGGAUAUCAGAGUUUAGUCCAGGGUGGGAGGAAGACGUUGAGACCCCAACCAAGCUGCGGCAGUUUGUGGGGUCUAUGGCGCUUAUGAUGUCCAGUGCUGUGUUUAUGGUCCUGAUUGGGGUCGCCAAUGACAAAGGGAUUGAGCUUUCUAGUUUUUACCGGUUUCCCUCCCAGACCUGUAUGGCCAGCUUGAUUUGCGUCGGCAGCAGGGGUAAGUGUGGUCUGGAAUCCUUAGGAAGCCAAAUCAGCUCAGGAUGAUUAAAAGGUUUAAGGGUUUGGCUUUCUAAGGAAACCCAUUGUGGCUUAGAUGAAAUGUGGUAAAAUUAAUGCCAGUAUUGCCGCGUGGUAGUAAGAUUUAACAUCUGGGAACGCCAUUCCCCCCUUCCUCAGCAGGUCUUUCAAUAUUCUGAUACCCUAGCUCUGCUAGCCCUCCAGACAAAUCUAAGCAGGUCAAGGUGUAUAGCUUUGAAAUAGGAUUGUGGCAAAGAAAGGGGAAGGGUGCGGAACAAAUAUUGGAGUCUCAGAAUUAUAGCCAUUUUGAUGGCUACUAUACGUUCUGGCCAGGAUAGGAAUAGAGGACCCCAUUUCCGUGAAAGUUGUUUACAAUCAUUCCUUACUCUGGUAUAAUUAGCAUGAAAAAUGUCUGUUACUUUUUUAGUGAACGUCAAGCCCAAAUAUUUCAGGCCAUUGUUUCUCCAUUCGAAGGGUAGUCUCUACAUAGAGCUUCCCGUACCUGGGGAGGGAGGUGAAUGCCCAAGGCCUGCCUUUUCUUGCGUUAUGGGAGUAGUAGGACAUCUCCCCAUAUUCCUUUAUCAAUGCUAAUAUAUGUGGUAGAGAUUCCUCAGGGCGAGCAACAUAGAAUAAAAUGUCAUCUGCGAACGCACUGAUUUUUAUUUCUCGGCCCUUAAAGUCAAUACCAUGUAUACUGGGAUGGUCCCUAAUCGCACACAGGAGGGGUUCCAAGGCUAGCACGUAGCACAGAGGGACAAAGGGCACCCCUGCUUAAUGGAGUGCGUGUACUGGCCUCGGACACUAGGUUAUGCAGCUUUGAGUAGUAUGAUGCAAAUUCCUGGGUAAUGGCUUGGGGAUUGAGCUUUUUCUUUCCAUUGGCACCAAUUAUAUAUGCUAUCCUAGAGGCGGCUAAUUUUGUUCUGUCUAGAAGCUAAGUAUCAGGAAGCCUUUCCACUAUUAUGGUAGGAGGUCGCAUGCAUUUUGUGCAAAAUAAAAGCGGUCUUAGUUGCAUUAAGUUCAUUAAGUCUUUGGUAUAGCGCUUUAAGUUGAGAGGCUAGGCCAGGUGGGGGCGCCAGUUUAUUACGGGCUGUGAUUAUUGCUAUCUGUUUGUGGCAAUCUAAGAGAUUGGAUUGAUGAUGUCUUUUAAGGAAUGUUGAGCGCCUAAUAAAGAAACCUCUGACUACCGUUUCAUGAGCCGCCCCCACACAGUUGUUUCGGCGGUGCCCUUGUUGGAAUAGCCUUGAAAGUACUCUGUAAAGUCUUUCUUCAUUUGUUCCAUAAAGGAGUUGUCUUGCAGCAUGUCUCAUUCAACCUCCAAGUACACUUACCUUUAAAUUGGAAUUAGUCAAAUAGUUCUAGAAACACUGGGCUGUGAUCUGACCAAGGAAUGUUCCCAAUUGUGCAUGUAGACAUUUGUGCCAAGGUAGUUUGGUCCACAUAAAAGGCGUGUAUACGUAUAGUGGGCCCUGAAGUAAAAUUAAUAGUCUCUGUCUACCGGGUGGAGCACCCUUCAUCCUUCAUAUCUAGGGCGGGGGAAGAAAUAAAAUGAGUCUCCACACAGGACAAGCCCCCCUUGUUAAUAUUCGUAUAUUUUGCAUGGCAGGUUGCGAAGGAAGGCCCUGGAAUUGUCGUUUAGGAAAUAAGCCGACACCAGUGUGUAUUGGACAUUGUUAAAAAAAACUAAAUGAUAAUAAAACUGGGGGUCAAUAAAACGCCUUUGUAAUUGAAAUGCCGUGUCCCUAUGUAUAAAGAUGGAAAACCCUUUAGUUUUGGAGUCAGAGAGGGCAUGGUAUUGAGUUGGAAACAUCUUCCUGAAUAUAGCUGGAAUUCUUUUUUUUUUUUUUUUUUUAAUGCAUGCUAUAUCGACCGCAUGCUUCAAUCCACGUUUCCCUUGGGGAGUUUAACCCCUUAACAUUGGCGGUUGUAUGUCACUAUUUUCAUACUAGUAUAUAUCUACAUUCAUGUAUUGUAUGAACCGGGAGUGAGUGGCCUCUUCUGUGGGAGUCCCAAAUACAAAGUAUUACUAUACUUUGUAUUUGGGACUCCCACAGAGGCCACUGCGCUGCCUUAGGUUGAGGGGGCCAGGCAUGCACCAAUAACAUAAGGAAUGAACGAGGAAACCUCGUCCUCACAGCAACCUGAAUCCGUCAAACUGCUGGGAGAUGGGUAGGAACAGUAGAGUGUUCUAGGGUAGGAAGAACCAGGGAUUCCGGGAAGAAAGGAAUAGAAACAACAGGGCAGAGAGCGUGAGCCUAUGUGCGCCACCAAGGGCUGUAGCACAGCUAGUGGGGGUCGUGGAGGUGAAACUCUCUAUCAUAGAGGAUACCUCACAGGGGAAAACAAAACAGAGAAAAUACAUGGGCUCUAUCCAUGAUAAGUUGUUUGGGGUGGAUUUCAGGAGUGAGAGUUUUGAACAGGUCCAGAAGGUAAUUGUUCAGUUCCGCGUUGGUCACCGAUUCCGGUAUACCUCUAAAGCGUAGGUUGUUUCUCCUGGACCUGUCCUCCCUGUCAGCCAACUUAAGCCUGUGAGCUAACAGGGUAUCAUCAAACUCUUAGAGCUUAUCUGCCAGGCUGUUGUGGGCAACCACAUACUCUUUCAGUUUGAGGCCUCCCAGCAACAGCAGCAUUCAAUCGCUGAAUUCCUUGGCCACACUGUUCAAUCGCUGAAAUCCUUGGCCACACUGUUUUCAAGAAGCUAACACCCGAAGCUUUAGAGGAACUAGAGCCGCCACUAACCAUAGAAGAACUGACAGAAGCUCUAAAACUUUCUAAGCCCCGACAGUCUACUGUUAACUUACCUGCACACCUUCCAGGAGGUCUUGCUACCUAAACUCCUCAAGGGACUUAACUCUAUCCACUCAGACCGACAAUUUCUGAUGGACUCCCUCGCCGAGGUUGUGACAGUUAUACCCAAAGAAGGCAAGGACCCAGCAAGCUGUGCCCUAUCUCACUCCUGAAUGUGAACUUAAAACCGUUUGCAAAAGCCAUGGCCCUACGACUCUUGAGUCCUCCAAGGUCUGAUCCACUCCGACCAGGUGGGAUUUAUCCCAGGUCGGGAGGGACGGGACAACACCAUUAGAGCCCUUAACAUGUCUCUCCACUGACGCCAAAAAAGCGGUUGACCGGGUAGACUGGCUCUACCUCACGUCCACACUCCAACACAUGGAGUUUGGCCCCCACAUGCUCUCAAGGAAACGAUCCCUGUAUACCACCCCUACAGCCUGAAUCCACGUCAACGUUGUGUUUACGCCCCCAAUCUGGAACUGAAUACGCCAAGGCUGUCCUCUGUCCCCCCUCCUGUUUGCACUAUCUCCAGCCGUUUCUAGAGGCGAUCAGACGGGAUGGAGGUAUCACAGGGUUCACUUUGGGACAGCGGGUCGCAGACGACAUGCUCUUUUUUUCUAGAACAGCCAGCAAUAUCCCUGCCCAAUCUUUUGGCAGCCUUUAAGCGGUUCGGACUGAUAUCUAAUGUAAAACUUCAUAUGGACAAAUCAGGCACUCCAUCUCUCACUUAACCCCAACUCCACCGCCUGUCUGUGCUCACACUUCCCCUUCGCAUGGUGCGAAAGUAAACUUAGAUACUUAGGCAUCCGGUGACCAUGAGACCUCUCCCUACUGUACCAAAUUAAUUUUCUCCUUCUACAUACAUUAAUGCAGCCAAGAUGAACGUCAUGCCACGCAUUUUAUAUCUAUUCCAGAUCAUACCUUCCGGCAGUGAAUAGCAAAGGUAGAGGAUGUACAUUCAAUGGAAACACUGACAGCUUCCCUGUGGGGCCGCAUUGAGAAAUGUGUCCAGACCUGGAUACCAUGGCUCAUCUUAAUUUCAGAGCUACUGCGACUGCUCCAGCGCCUAUACACCCUUGCAACAGUUAGACAAGAACUUACCUAGGCAAUUACUGGAACCUCAUGAUCUACGAUUUAUAUAAAUAGAAUAGUAAAGUUUUUAUUUAUUUAUUUUUUCUUCUCCCUCUCUCUCACCCUCAUACUCCUACCUCCUUCCCCCUUCUUCCACCACUUCACCCUACCUUAAUACACAUAUAAUCAUCCAACCGAUAAAACAAGAUACCGUAGGCCCUAUUAAUCGGCACUAACGACCACACAGUAACCUAGUCUCAUUAAUACAUUUAUGAAUCAGUCAAUAGCACUAACCAAUGGCUGCUUACAGACAUGACAGGGGACCACCACAAACAAAAACCACAAUAUCUCCCCCGAUAGACAUAAAACGACAGUAUAUCACUGCCCAAGUUUACAAAACUUUAAAUGAAGAGCGAUGACGAAGGGAAAGGAAUAAUGAGGAGGGAAUGAGAAGGGGAACAUAUGAAAGAGACAGUAAAUGGGAAAGAGAAGGGGAAACAUCGAAAAAGAGAAGGGAAGGUAUAGGCUUCCUCUAAAGAUGCAAUAUAAAAUACUCGUUUACUAUGCUUUGUCCGCAUUUUGUGAUCCUCUAACCAUACAUUUUAUGAUAUUUACUGCCUUUCUAUACGAACUGUAAGAAAGUGGAAAUGAAAAGUUGUAACCUGUUGAAUACUGACAAAAUAAUGAUUGUCAAAAAAGAGAAUAUGGGGCUAUGUUUAUAAUAGAUUGUCCGCAAUUAUGCAAUUUUUACAUCUAGUUUAUAACUAACUCAUUUGGUAAUUUUGUGUCUUGUUUUAAUAUUUAUUAAACUGCACGCAUUAUUCUUAGUCAAGGAUGACCAACACUUCUAUUCAACAAACAUUAAUUAAUUCUAAAUAUUCAAAAGUGCAUUUCUAUUGAUGUAGCAGUAUACCAAAAUGGAAGUCUUUUUUUUUUUUUGCCCUUCUCUGCUUUGUUUUCAGCUUUUGAAUGUACAAUCAAACUGUCCUUGUUAAAUAACCAUAAAUAGUUUUUUUUUGCAUUUGAUUUUUUUUCUUUAUUGCAUUGGAUUUGCAAUGUAUCUAUGUCCUUGGGAAUUUAGCAUUCUUACCUGUAACAUAACUUGCUGUUUCAUUGCACUAUUUUAACACGUUAAAUGAUCUUUUGCUGGUGUUUUAAGACUGAAUCAUUCACAUCUGAGAUCUCAAUGGAAAACAGUGUGCCCUAUGUGCCUGUCCAUCUGAGCCCAUGGUACGAAGGCACUGGUAGUGUAAUAAUGAAAAUAGGCUUGGAAAUGCUUGCUGGCAAUGCUUAUAUUGAUUGCUCGAAGACUGACCAUGUUUUUAUGUUUCACUUUCAGUGUGAAAAACUCAAACUACUGCCUUCCUUCAUAUGCUGCUUACAAGAACUAUGAAUACUCAGAGCCAGGAAGACACAACGAACAGCCAGGACUGUGUGGGCUCAGUAAUCUGGGGAAUACGUGUUUUAUGAAUUCUGCAAUUCAGGUAACAAAUCAAGCAAUAUUUUUUAUUUAAAAAUGAAUUAUUUAUUCAUUUGACCUGCUGUUUAUAUGAAUACAUUUUUAUAUUUUAAUGUAUAUUAUGUGCCUAUAUAGUUAAUAUUUGUGAGAUUAAAGUAGGGGUUUUUUACUAUUAUUUUUUUUUUUAUUAUGUUAAAGGAUGUUUUCGCAUCUAUUGGUCAAGUUUUUUUUAUUAUUAUUAUUAUCGGUGUUGGUUUCUAUAGUUGUUCAAUCUUUCACUCUGAUAAACACUUUAAAGGACCACUCUAGGCACCCAGACCACUUCAGCUUAAUGAAGUGGUCUGGGUGCCAGGUCCAGCUAGGUUUAACCCCUUUUUUCAUAAACAUAGCAGUUUCAGAGAAACUGCUAUGUUUAUGAAUGGGUUAAGCCUUCCCCUAUUUCCUCUAGUGGCUGUCUCAUUCGUCGCAUUCAGCCGACGGGGAGGAGAGAAGGAGGAUCGGAGGAGGAGAGCUCUCCCUCCAGCGCUGGAAAAAGGUAAGUUUUUACCCCUUUCCCCUUUCCAGAGCCGGGCGGGAGGGGGACCCUGAGGGUGGGGGCACCCUCAGGGCACUAUAGUGCCAGGAAAACGAGUAUGUUUUCCUGUCACUAUAGUGAUCCUUUAAUCUUAUAUCGGGACAAGGAGUGAAGCAGAGGUAAGUAUAAAACACACUUACCUUUCCAGCUUUUCCAUAACGCUCUGCAGGAACCCUCACUCAGGCAUCUACUUGGAAAGUGACAAACGAGUGCAGGUACAAGCUGUACAUGGCCCUUAACAUAUGCAUGCAUCCUCACUGCAUUAUUGGUGAAAUUUGCUGUAUAAUAUAAAAAAAGAAAAUAGCACAACCAAUGGGUAUCUGUCUGUUAGCAUUUGGGUUGUGCUAAGAUCAGGGAUUUACUACUUUAUAAAGUUGAAGAUUGCAAACUAUAAUGUUACUAUAGUGUUUUUAUUAUUUUGGGAGGUGGGGGAAAGGGUCUGUUUUCUGUUUUUGGCUUUUGUUUUUAAUCGAAUUUGGUUAAGCAUUUUUAUCCUAAAGCCUUUUGCUUCCACUAAAUGUGUGAUGAUAAUGAUUAGUUGUGUGUUUGCCAGUUGUUUAUCUUAAAGGAUCACUAUAAUGUCAGGAAAACAAACUCGUUUUCCUGACACUAUAGCAUCCUUAGGACCCCCCACCCUCAGGGUCCCCCUCCCUUGGCGCUGAAGGGGCUAAAACCCCUUCAGCUACUUACCUUAAUCCAGCGCCAGGCUCCCUCGGCUCUGGUGACCUCUCCUCCCCCGCGGACGUCAGCUCCCGAGUGGAGCGGAUUGUGCAUGCGCGGCAAGAGCCGCGUGCCUUCAAACAGUUCAUAGGAAAGCAUUUCUCAAUUUUCGCAUCCAGCAUCGGGGAAGCACCUCUAGCGGCUGUCAGGAAGACAGCCACUAGAGGUUGGAUUAACCCUGCAAUGUAAACAUAGCAGUUUCUCUGAAACUGCUAUGUUUACAUCUGAAGGGUUAAAGCCUGGGGAACCUGACACCCAGACCACUUCAUGGAGCUGAAGUGGUCUGGGUGACUAUAGUGUCCCUUUAAGUGAAUAUUCAGUCUGCACAACCCUCUGGCUCACAUAGUAUUCCUAAGUCAUUUUAACCAAUAGGUUCAAAUUUAAAACAAAUUGUUCAUCUCUAGAAGCAAUAUUAAAAACAAAAUGCUGUAAUGCUCUGUUCAAACACAUGUGCUUCUUUGUGUAGGCAUGUUUUUCUUUCAUUAUUGUCCUCAUAGUUAGCUCAAAUUCCAAAUGUAACAAAUAUUUGCUCAUCCAUCUCAAAUUCACAGCAACAUGCCUGUCUGUUUUAAAAAUAAUUGUAUAUUUUAUGAGUAUUAUGUCAAAUAGGUAUACAACUGCUAUUGUUUAUUUUUAAUAGGCUGCAGAAUGUUUGGUGAGUAUUUUAAAAAGAUUAUUGUAGCUACUAGAGAGAUUAUUUAUUCUUCCUUUACGUUUUUGAAACUGCAAAUUACUUUGAGAGUAUUACUAUUACUAUUCCUUUUUAAGAGUAAGCUAAAAGAAAAAUAUACAUACAAAGGCAUUAAAGGGAUCCUAUAGUGCCAGGAAAACAAAGUCGUUUUCCUGGCACUAUAGAGUUUAUAGGUCCCCCCCUUUCUCGGGGCUCCUCUCCCGUGGGGUUGAAGGGCUUAAAACCCAUUCAGCCACUCACCUGAAUCCAGUGCCGAUGUCCCUCGGCGCUGGGUCAGGCUCCGCCCAUGCUUCUCCUGCCAACAUCAGCCGGCUGGGGAGACCUAAUGCGCAUGUGUGGCAAUGGCUGCAUGCACUUUAGACCUCCCUAUAGGAAAGCAUUAUUCACUGCUUUCCUAUGGGGAAAAUCUGACGCUGGAGGUCCGUGAGGACUUCCAGCGUCAGAUAACGGACCAAAAGUCCAUUUGAAUUCUGGAAGCCCUCUAAUGGCUGUCUGUUAGACAGACACUGAGGGCAGACCUAGAGCUGCAAUGUAAACAUUGCAGUUCUCUGGAACUGCAAUGUUUAACAUUGCAGCACUAAGUGCAAAAGGGUCACAGCACCCAGACUACUUCAAUUAGCUGAAGUGGUCUGGGUGCCUACUGUGUCCCUUUAACUGCUACAAUGUCUCUUAAGUGGGUAUGGCACUUGGAGCCUUUGCUUAAUUUCCAAAUACAGUAAACAGAAGUUUUCCUAUUUUGUUUUCCUGAUAAUUACCAUAGAUUUGGAACAUGUGUAACAAUGUUUAAACUGAAACUUUAUACAUGUUCACACUGAUCACUCUAUUAUAAACAUAACAUUCACUCCUAUUUGUCUGCUAGUAUAUUAUAAAUCAGACAUGUUAAUCCUAAAAUGUUCUCUAUUUGCCCCUUUUCAUAUCUGAAGGCACGUUAUUCCUUUUGUAAACCUGUAAAUGUUUCAUUGUACUGACUGCACAGCUUCAAAGCAUGAGUGUUUCAAGGGUUACUCCAAGCACCACAAAAACUUCAGUGAAAUGGAGCUUGGAGUUUGUAUCUGCAGCAUUUCAGUAUGAAACACUGCACAUAUAGACAUAUUUUAUAUUGCGGUUGUCAGUGUAACUCCACCUCUGGCAGCAUAAUUUGUACAUCAUUAGCCAGCCCAGAACAAGAGUUCUAGGUUAGCUAAUUUCAAUUCUGUUCAUAUUUCAUUGCACAGAGGCUCAUUCAUUGGUGAGUUUUGUCAGCCAAUGAUUGAUCGGCUCCUUGUGCUUUGGAGCUCUCUUGAUAUGCAUACUGUCCAUCUCACUUUACUUUAAGCAGUAAUUAUAUAGGUCAUAGCUAGAAUGAAGAAAAUAGUUCCUCUUUGCCGAUGUUUAGUAUUUUGUGUGGUCAUGUGAAAAGAAAUUGCAUAAGAAAAGUUAAUAUUUCUGCUGUUUCAUAUUUUUUUGCCAAGCUAUUUUUUUUUUGUUUAAAUUGAGCAGUGAGUAAAGUUUCAUCGGUUCUUUGCACAAUUGAAAGCUUACAAAUACAAUGCUGAAAUGUGUUAUGUGUUACAGUGGGUUUUGGAAGCAGCAGAAUCUUGUUAAAGUAUUCUGUGACACACAUGAUAUACAAUAUAUGUGUCUUUAAAUGCAUGUAGCAUUAAUACAUUCAUUUUGCCAGUCUGUUAACCAUAUAAAAAAAACUUAAUCGUAUUAAAAUGUUGAAGUAUUUUCUUUUCUUCUAGUGUUUGAGCAAUACCCCACCACUGACUGAAUACUUUCUCAAUGACAAAUAUCAGGAAGAGCUGAAUUUGGAUAACCCUUUAGGGAUGCGAGGAGAAAUAGCCAAGUCUUAUGCAGAUCUCAUCAAACAAAUGUGGUCAGGGAAAUAUAGCUAUGUAACCCCGCGAGCAUUUAAGGUGGGUAGUACUUGUAUUUCAGCAUUGUUAUAAUAUGUUAAAGAACCACUAUAGUGUCAGGAAAACAAACUAGUUUUCCUGGCACUAUAUAACCCUCAUGACCCUCCCUCCGGCUCAAUGCUUUCCUAUGGAUGUUCUGCGUGCUCAAUGCGAUUUUCGCAUUGAGCUUCACAGAAGUGCCUGUAGCGACUGUCAGGAAGACAGCCACUAGAGGCUGGAUUAACCCUGCUAUGUAAACAUAGCAGUUUCUCUGAAACUGCUAUGUUUACAGCUGCAGUGUUAAAACCUGGGGGACCUGGCACCCAGACCACUUCAUUGAGCUGAAGUGGUCUGGGUGACUACAGUGGUCCUUUAACGUUUGAAUGUUAUUGUAUAUGUACAGCAUUUUUACAGUGUGCAUUUUUAAGACCUUUUGAGUAAAUGAAGCAAUAUAGCUUAACUUAUUUUUAAAAUGAAUUUAAACAUGUAUUAUCAAUAUUAUUGAUCUUUCCCAUAAUAUAUUUCUAAAACCCUUGUUUUCUGUGAAUGUGUACAGCCAUUAAUUAGAAUUAGAAUUUUAGUAAUACGGUAUAUUAAAAACAAAACUCUUUUUGUAUGUUCCUUUUUCAAGACACAAGUUGGGAGAUUUGCACCUCAGUUUUCGGGUUAUCAGCAGCAAGAUUGUCAAGAAUUGCUUGCUUUCCUGUUAGAUGGCUUACACGAAGAUUUAAACCGAAUUCGAAAGAAGCCUUAUAUCCAAUUGAAAGACGCAGAUGGCAGACCAGACAAGGUAGUUCUCAUACUACUGCUUUAAAAAAAUAUUUCUGUGAAAUGCUUUACUUCACCUUCAUUUAUUCUCCAGGUAUAAUAUUUAACAGCCUAUACUCCAGAUUAUAAUUAGCAGCCUGUACAGAAAUGGUUUUCACUGCCAGGAACCAGUUCCACUAAUUUAAAGGCACUGAAUUGGUUAUUAUAUGAGGAUUAGCUUGGCCCCAUUUCCUGCUAAUGGGGUAAACAGUUUAUCAACAGUCUCCUACCUGGGUCUCUGCCAGGCGCUGAGAGUCCUAUGUGGUCGGUGACAUGCAUCCAGCAUCUGCAGAAGUGAUUUAUAGUGAAGGGGUUAAGAAAGGAAUCAUGAAUAUAAGGACAUUGUAAUGAUGUUUGUCAAACCCUAAAUGUUAUCAAAUUUUCAGUUUUCUGUUUUUUUUUUUUUCUCUUGAGUACAAUUGCAGAUACCACUAAAAUACUGCCAAAAUAUAAAGACUCCCAUAUAUUGUGGUGGUGAACACAGUGCUAUCUUUUUUGUCGUUGUAUUUAUUAGUUGAUACCAAUCCAAGAUGAUGAAAAUGUGUAAAACUAAUGGAUGGAUGUCAGAGGAGUGUGUGAAGUUUGUCUCUUUUAGACUUUGACAACUCAUUAUCCUCUUUUAAUUAUAACCUAAAACUCUGGGUGUAGCUAAGAAAAAGAAAAACGUAUCACAAAUAUAGGGUUUACGUAUAGAUGGUGAGCUAGAACAAACAUAUCCUUACUUUACUAUGCACUUGGGCCAGUCUUGCCAUUUUAUUAUAUAUUUGCCUAUUUUUUGUGUCUCUCUAUGCAGCAUGUUGAAGUCCCACUUACAUUAUCGGUAUAUCUUUAUUUAUCGACUGUGAGAGCUCAUUUGGGAAGAAUAUACUCUCAGCAUCAAACAUUUCAAGUGUGGUUUUUAAAAUUAAAAAAAAAAAAAGAUUUUUCCUUUAUAUUCCUUUAUAUUUUUUUUUUGUUCUUUAUUACAUUUUAGGUAGUUGCUGAAGAAGCGUGGGAGAACCAUAUAAAAAGAAAUGACUCCAUCAUUGUUGAUAUAUUUCAUGGGUUGUUUAAAUCUACCCUCGUAUGUCCGGAGUGUGCUAAAAUAUCUGUCACGUUUGAUCCGUUUUGUUACUUAACUCUUCCUCUACCGAUGAAGAAGGAGCGCAGUCUGGAAGUAUAUUUAGUUAGAAUGGAUCCACUUUCCAAACCUAUGCAGGUAAGUAUAGCCCGCUCACUGUUCUUGUAUUCUUCUAUUUUUGGUUUGAUGCCUACAGUUUUAAUAUAGUUUUCAUUUCAAUGUAAUUAAAUUGUGAGCAAUGCUUUACAUUUAUUGAUGUCACCUGACCAGUUAAAUAUUAUUUUGCUACCAAUGGUGUCUUCACAAUGUGUGAGGUUGUUUAAGGGUGCAAACAUAUACCAUUUUUUAUUAUGUUUGUAAUGAGGAUAGUUAUAGUGAUAUUGACUCACAAUUAGUCAAUAAUGUUGCAAGCAGUCGUCUAAUAUAUAAUUCCAAAUUGGGGGACAUUUAAGCAAGGCAAAACCAGUCUCAUUCAAGGUGCUAAAUAUUGGAAGCUUCUGUCUGUUACCAUAGUGAAUGGUCGUUAUUUAACAAUUUGCAAUAGAAUAGUACUUGUUUUCGAUUACAUUUGUAGAAGCUGUAACUCCAUGGCAAUGGUUUAAAAGGAUUCUAUAUAAAAAAUAUAAUAAAAGUUGUAUUCCUCACAUUAUAGAGCCCUCUGGCCCAGACCCCACUCCCGGCAUGGAAAGGGAUAAAAAAAACAAAAAAAAAGACUUUUUAAUACUUACCCGAUUUCAGCUACAAUCUCCCUGCUCCAGUGCUUUCCUAUGGGGAUUUUACCGACUCUGGAUGUCCUCAUGCAGAGCGUGAGGACUUCUAGCAUCAGGCGACCAAAUGUCGGUUAUUCACCAUGAAGUGUCUCUAGUGGCUCUCUGAAAACCACUAGAGGCAAUCUUAGUCCUGCAAUGUAAUUGUUGCAAUGAUUUACAUUACAGGACUAAGGGGGACUGGGACACUGCACCCAUGCCACUUCGAUGGACUGAAGUGGUCUGGGUGUCUAUAGUGUUCCUUUAAGUGUGUGUUUGAAAAUGUUGACCUGCCAAUUUGAAUGAACAUGGGCUUACUUUUCAGGAAAAUAAUUAUCAUUGCUCACAUUUAAAUUGGUUAUUAGAAUAAUAUGAAUCAUAUAUGGCAGUGAUCCUUUUUAAAACACAACACAUAACAUUUACAAUAAACAUAUGUAACAUAAAAGAAUAGUUGAUAGUAUGAAACCACUUAUUAGAAAGCAGUAUCUUUAUUGUGUUAAGGUGAAGCAAAGCUUUACCUUUCAUGCACCUCUACUUGUUUGUUUUUUCAAGGUAAAAUGUGUUAGCCAGCUGCAUUAUUUAGAAAGACAUUAGAACACUCUAACUACAGGAGCUUAAAUAAAACUAAACUACUUUGCUAAAAUCUGGAUUGUUGUCACCAUAUUUCUAAUAUUAAAUGGAGCCCCAAGCAAGUUAUUGCAAUUUGUCUUGAAUUUGACUCCCCAGCAUUGUUUACAUCUAGUAAGGCAGAGACAAAAGUCACAUUGAUUCUAAUGAAAAGUGUAUGUGUGUUUUAGUAUGGAUUCUGGUGUGAGAUUCUUUGAUAAAUACCUUUUUUCUUCUAAUUCAUUUUAUUUAUUUUAUCUUAGUAUAAGGUAAUCGUUCCAAAGAUUGGAAACAUGAUGGACCUUUGCACUGCCCUUUCUUCAUUGUCUGAUAUUCCUCCAGAAAAGGUGAUUAUUAUAGAUUUAUUUUUUAAAUGUAUGCAUGUAUUUAUUUUUAUUUAUAUAUUGUUUUGGUUUAUUGUUAUUAAUCUGUUUAUUUUAUUUCCUUAUUAUUUAGAUGGUUGUUACCGAUAUUUACAACCAUAGAUUUCACAGAAUAUUUGCCAUGGAUGAGAAUUUAAGUAGCAUUAUGGAACGAGAUGACAUUUAUGUGUAAGUUUUCUAUCACCAUUAACCUUCAGUUCAAUUGUCAGUAAGUAUAUAUGAUAUUAUUAUUGAUGAAAUGUGGCAGAUAUUUUUUUUUUGCUUUUCUUCUGUUAUACAUGUAGCUAACAAUGUAAGAUUAAUAUUUACCAAAUGCCUGUACUUUUUAAAAUAUAUCUGUAAUGCUUUAGUCAUUGAAAAGAGAGCUCUGUUUUCUCUUUUGUGGCUACCUGUUUUCAUUAUUAUUGUUCUAAAACUUAGUAGCUUUGUUUAGUUUUUCACAUAUUUAUUUUUCAACAUUAGGUUUGAAACAUCUAUUAAUCGAACAGAAGAGACAGAACAAGUCAUAAUCCCUGUUUAUUUACGAGAGAAGUUCCGCCAUACCAGUUACAGUCAUCACCACAGUUCUACCCUUUUUGGCCAACCCUUUCUACUGACUGUGCCUAGAAAUAUUUCUGAAGACAAGCUGUACAACCUACUUUUAGUUAGAAUGUGGUAUGUAUUUUAAAGACCAAAAAAACAAAAAUUAUUUGAAAUAAAGUUUCCUUGUUUUACUUGGGGGCUCAUCUCAAGCAAAACAUUAUAAUGCAAACUUUAAACAACAAUAGAAGUAAACAAGGUGCAAUGUUGCAUCUUCCUAGGAUUGCAUAUUGUGACUUAUUUAUAAAAAAUUAAACCUGAGCAUUUCUCUGUUGGCCAGUUGUCCCAAAUUUACAAUGUUGAUUCUGUUUUUCCUUUAAACUAUUGUUUAAUGAACCAAUUAAAUAAUUAAUAUUUCAGUCCCUUAGACUAUUGAUUAAAAUAUUUAAUAGUGUGAAAUCCUCUGACAAGACACAACACUACUUAGCUAUAUGGGCACACUGGUUACUGAUCACAACAGGUGACUGGUUCGCAGACAAACUCUACUACUAAGACAAUGACUCUACCAAGCCACCUCACACUCAAGGGGUCGGCACCUAUACCCUAGGCAUGCCCCGACUGGAGAUAUCCACACCGCCAUCCCCUGGGGGGGCCCCAUCUAUUUUUACUAUCCCUGAUCCUGGCCAUACGGAUCACCGAACGAAACUCGGGCGACUGCUUGUAUGCCACAAAAGUACGUGAUUACCAGUCAGGGCUCAAAUAAGUCCCAUACCCUGAGGGACCAGCACAUCCCACACAAACAUAGAAUGCAGUACGAUAAAUUCCUGCGAGACAGCAAUGCAUGAUGGGAAAUAGCAUUGCAGGCAGGGCCGGCCUUAGGCCUUUAGGCGCCCUGUGCGAAAAAUCUUCACAGCGCCCCCCCCAUCAUCCAUGUAUGAUGUAAUGUUUGUGUUGUCUGUGUAUUUGAUAGUAGGUGUGAUGACUGUGUGUGGUAUGUAUGCAGUGUGUUGGCUGUGUGUGAUAUUUUUAAUGGGUGUAUUAACAGUGUGCGAUAUGCGUGUAUUGGUUGUAUGUGAUAUCUGUGCUGGGUUUAUUGGCUGUGUGUGAUGGUUAUUUAAUUCAGAUAAAAACAUGCAUUUAAGUCUGUGUGUGAAUGCAGGUGUAUAUUUUUGCAGAGUUAUGUGCACACAGUCAGAUGCACACAGUUAUACAGAUACACUGUCAAAUCCACCACAUGCACACAGUCGCAGGCAGAUAGUCACAUACACAGGUACAGGCAGACACAUACACAGUUACAGGUAGAUAAACACACUCACACACAAUUACAGGCAGACAGCCACACACACACAGGCAGCCACACAUAUAGUUUUACACACACACACACUUACAUGCAGACAGCCACACACAUACACACAGGCAGACAGCCACACUCACACACACUUACAUGCAGACAGCUACACACAUACACACAGGCAGACAGCUACACACAUACACACAGGCAGACAGCCACACAUAUACACACAGGCAGACAGCCACACACACAGAGUCAGACAGCCACACACACAGAGUCAGACAUCCACACACACAGAGGCAGUCAGUCACACACACAGGCAAACAGCCAAACACACACACACAGGCAGACAGUCACACACACACACACAGACACACACACAGGCAGACAGUCAUACACACACACAGGCAGUCAUGCACACACACAGAGACAAACACACAGGCAGAAAGUCAUAGCACACACACACACAGGCAGACAGUCAUACACACACACAGGCAGACAGUCAUACACACACACAGGCAGACAGUCACACACACACAGGCAGAUACACACACAGAACAGUCACACACACACAGGCGGGUCAGUCAUACACACACACAGGCACACACAGGGCAGUCAGUCACACACACAGGCAGACAGCCAAACACACACACACAGGCAGACAGUCACACACACACACAGACACACACACAGGCAGACAGUCAUACACACACACAGGCAGUCAUGCACACACACAGAGACAAACACACAGGCAGACAGUCACACACACACAGGCAGACAGUCAUACACACAGAAACACACACACACAGAGGCAGACAGUUAUACACACAGACACACACACAGUCAUACACACACACAGGCAGUCAUACACACACACACAGUCAUAUACACAGGCAGACAGUCAUAGACACACACAACAGGCCCCCCUGCUCCAUGGCUCGCACACCCCUAAGGCCAGCCCUGAUUGCAGGUUAAGUUUUCUACAGAGUCCACCAAGGGAAAACCCCUGCAAUGCCAGUAUGGAAACCCCUUGCAUGGCGACUUGUAUAAAAAUGGUGACAUUGGAAUAAAAGCUCAGUUGACUCCCAAACUAUGUGUUGUCUAGUUCUUGGGAAAAAGGGAUUAUCUUUACGCUACCUGUAUUUUGUAUGCUGAUUCCUGACUACCAGCGGAGAUACCGUGGAUUAUACUACUACUCCACUACAGUAUCCUCAUUGCAAGCAUAAUUAAAAAUGGUAUAUGUUUGCAACCUUAAACAACCUCAUACAUAGUGAAGACACCAUUGGUAGGAAAAUAAUAUAUAAAUUAGGAAGAAAGGUAAAAUAAACCUGCCCACUGGGCCAUUUUCUGUCAAUACAGUGCAGAUUUGUAUUUGUUAGCAGCUUAUUUGCACACUAUGUUUAGAAACACCUCUUCAUCACUGUAAGCAUUUAUGGUUUAACUUUGAAUCCUCAGAGUUGUGGCUAAUGCAGCUAAGCUGCUAAGUCAUAGUUAUUGAAAAUGGCAGGGUAAACCCUUUCACUGGAUGGUGCCAGAAUAUGGACAAUUUAGGGGCAGAAAAAAAAUAUAUAUGUUCAGUUAGGAGUAGACAUUAUAAAUUUUAGAUGAUUAACCUGUGCCAUGUCAGAAGGUGUGAAAAGUUCUUGCCCCAAAUACACUGAACUGAGCUGCUCCGGGCGAGAAUAGAACCAUCCAUUUCCUGUUCACGCGCGGCACCUUUACGUACACUCACAGGUGUGUCUGUACUCGCAAGUGUACUCAAAGUGAGUGUAUGUAAAGCGGGGUAUGCCUGUACUAACAUAUGGUACAGAUCCAUAGACUACUAUCAGGCAUGACUAAUUCUUAUGGUUUACUGCGUGUCCAGCAAAGGCUGUAAUAUGCUAUAAAUUAGAUUAUAGAUUAAAUUAGACCUGCUAGUUUCUGAAAAUACCUAUAAAUAUCCUAAACCUAUAUUUUUUGUUGCUGGGAUGUCACUGUAACAGCCAAUACAUGACUGCUAGACAAUAAUAGUAUCUGUUUUAACAUAUUCAAAUUUUUUGGUGAAUUCCAAUUUAAAUAUAUUUGUUAAGGUAUGUUCCAUUAGUGAAAGCAACUUUACAUACUUGUGAGCUCAUAUCAUAACUGUCAUUACAGUUUGUUUGUUUUUGUUUCUGUUUGUUUUCCAUGUCAGCCGUUAUGUUAAAUCAACAUGUGACAUUGAAGAAAAUGAAGGGCCUGUACACUGCAAUAAAGAACAUACUGUCAACGGGAAUGGUCCAAAUGGUAUCCACGAAGAAGGAUCUCCAAGUAAGAGAUUGUUUGUAUCAUUCCUGUAUAAAUGUGACAAAUUUAUGACUGCAGAUUUAAUUGGUUCAUUGUUCCCAACAAUGUGUAUGGCAAGCAUUAAAGGGACACUAUAGUCACCAGAACAACUACAGCUUAUUGUAUUAGUUCUUGUGAGUAUAAUCAUUCCCUCCAGGCUUUUUUCAGUAAGCACUGUCUUUUCAGAGUAAGUGCAGUGUUUACAUUACAGCCUUGGGAUGCCUCCACUGGCCACUUUUCAGAUGGCUACUAGAGGUGCUUCCUGGUGAAGUGCUGCACAGGGUGCAGCACUGCCAUUCAGUGUUUCCACCCUCUGCAUGGAGACACUGAACUUUCCUCAUAUAGAUGCAUUGAUUCAGUGAAUAUCUAUUAGGAGAUGCUGAUUGGCCUUGGUUUGGCUUGUGCUGGCUCUGCCCCUGAUCUGCCUCCUUGACAGUCUCAGCCAAUCCAAUGCUUUCCUAUUGGCAGGCAGGUCAGCGGCAGAGCCAACAGCAGCAGGCUGGAAUAAAAAUCAGAUUUUAGUAUAUUUAGAGGGCAAGGGGGAGCAGGGGUGCUAGAUGGUGUUUUUAACACUAUAGGGUCAGGAAUAUAUGUUUGUGUUCCUGACCCUAUAGUGUUCCUUUAAAAAUUCUUGAGUGCUAUUCACAAAUAAAGAAAUUAGUCUUUCAUUCAUGUAGAUUGACACGUUUAUUCUCAUGUAGGGAUAUUUAUUUUAUUUUUUUUAAAUAUGCCCUGUAAUUACAAUUUGAUGGCCAGUUUGUGAGAUCAAUGCUUUCUAAUGAAUAAUUCCAGGAACAAAGAUGUGUCAAGCAAGAUAUCAUGUAUCUGCAUCUAGUAACCAAAUUGCUUUGACUGUUUUUUAUGCAUCAUUAAAAUAACAUGCUACCUCUAAGCUGUCUGUCCUAACUAAAAUAACCACUAGAUGUCGCUCUAUCUUUAACCUAACAGCUGAAGUUGAACUUCAAAUUCUUUAGCAAGGCAUUCGUAGCAUUAGCAGUAUCAUUAACAUUUGACAUUCCUGUAAUUUAUAUAGUUAAUGACCGAGUUGUAAUAUUACUAAAUAGAUCUCCUUAGCAGUCUCCAUAAACAUCUAAGGAUAGUCUGAGCACAAUGUUAAGUUGUAGCUUGCAGUACACCAGUACCAUGUAUGUGUGCUCUCAUGGACUUCCUUUGUUGGUGCCUGGUGCAAUGAUAUUCCAUAAACUAGGAAAAGGGUGCUGGCGAAAGUUUGUCUUGUCUUACUGAAAUGUUGACCCAAUAAACCGCAUGAAGCUGGUGUUCCGGGAAAAACUAUAUUUAUAUACCUUAUAUUAGAAGAUAGAGAGUUAUGUCCACUAGACUUUGCAUUAAAAAAAAAAAAUCAAUGAAUUUUGUACACAUUUUCUAUUUAUUCAUUUAUUUAUUUAUUUAUUGCUGCAUUAUGCAUACUGGGCAAUAGAUAUGUUUUAACCAUUUAAGGAUUGUGCUUGACACUUCUCCAAGAAUAAAAGAAUGGAGCAAUAACUGUUUAAUGCGUGAUGCACAUUAAAAAUAAACAGAUGUAAAUUGUCCAAAUACAAUGAAGGUUACUAAUAUAACAAAGUAAUGUGUAUAGAAAAUUGAUAUUUGCAGAGUGUUUCAUGGGACACUCUCAGCACCAAAAGAAGUUUAGCUUAAUGAAGCAGUUUUGGUUUAUAGAGCAUGUCCCAGCAGUCUUAACUGCUCAAUUAUCUGCCAUUUAGAAGUUAAAUGAUGGUAGCCCUAGUCACACCUCUCCUGGCUGAGGCUCAUACAGCGUCCAUGAAUAAAAUGUACAUUUGUACAGUGUGUUUACUUAAGUUAUUAUUGCCUGCUAUGUUAAUUGAACUUUAGUCACACACAUGAGACUAUUGCAGGCUUAUUAAUAAAAGGGAUACAAAAUUCAAAAUGAAACAUACUGUGUAAUAAGGUAGGCUAAACAAUUUUAAACUAUUUGUCAGGAAUUGUGUAGGGUUCCUGUGUGAGUCACAACCAGGGGGCGAAAGUGACUUCGCCACUGGUUUUUGGAGGGACCUGUUUGCCAGCCUCCUGCCCUGCGACUAUGGCCCUGGGAUGUAUUGCCCUUUAAGGAACUGAUUUGGGCAUACUGUAUUUUAUUAUGCUGCUGCUGGCCCUUUAAGAACCAUCUGGGGACAUACUGUGGAGUUACUUGGUGGCCACCAUUUCAUGUAUCAGAGGCACAUGGUGAGAACAAUGGAUGAAGCACAUGGUGAGAACAAUGGAUGGCAGACAUUUUAACUCACAGACACUGUUUUGACUUUUCUACACGGUGCCAUCUCGCCAGUAUUUGGUGCACAAAGACAUCGUUCAGUAGUUUUAAACUACAGAACAGGGGACACAUUUAACAGUAAUUAUUUGUCAUAUAGCCUGUAUAUGUUCUGCAGAAUCUGCAUUAAACCGUAUCUUCCAAACUACUGAACGGAUCUGGGUGAAUUUUGGAUAUGUGGUUCACCCAGAUCCCCCGGUACAUUUUCUAUGGGGUUAUUGCAUGUUUUGGGGUCUCUGUGAUAUGUUUUAAAAUACUUUAUUUUUCUGCCUGUGAUAAUUAAGUUAGUCUAUUGUGUUAAGAUAAUUGUAUCACAGGCAGAGGGGAGGAUUUCUGAUGUAAUGAAUGGGAGUGUUAGCUGUGUUGUAAUGUGUUGAUUGGUUGUUCUUCAAAACCCUGUGGGCAGUACUAUGUUUGUAGAAUGUGAAUAAAAGAGGCUGUAUGUGCCAGUACAGUCAGUUCUUCUUUACCCUUCAAAACGUAGCCUCGUCUCGUUAUUGGAGGGAACUGCUAUAAUCACACUGGGGAUUGCUGUGCUCUGCAUACUCCCUUGAGCUUUAAUCACUUAGCUCUUUUAAGAGCUUGUUCCUGAUACGCUCUCCUGGAGGAGAGGUCUUCCCCACACGGUCCUGGAGGACAGAAGCCGAUCCAGGGUGGACAGAAGACGUUGAGACUCCAGUUAAGCUACGGCGGUUGUGGAGUCUGCAGUGGGUGUGGUGUCCAGUGCGGUGCUUGUGUUCCUCGGCGCAGGCUAGGAAGCGUCCAUCAACGGAAGGUACUCGGUCGGAGUACGGGCAGUUCUGUUACAGGCUGCAUAAACAAAGUGCUUUAACUCCUAGAUGGCAGAGGAUUGAGUAGUGACACUACAGGGGCAUGAUCUGUACACCAAAACCACGUCAUUAGGCAAAUGUUGUUUUGGUACUUAGAGUGUCCUUUUAAACAUACAAGUAUGGGAUUCGUCUGAAAUGCAUAUUCAUUUUACAUCCACCUAAAUCAUGCUGAAUUGGUUUAACAUGUGUUUGUAAGUAUGUCUCUUAAGCUAUUUAUAUAAUUUCCAUAAUGCAGUUUGCUUGAGACGUCCUGUUUCUAAUCCAGAUAUGUGACUGAUUUAAUUACCAAGAGUCAGAUGUAAAUUUAAAUGUGACAUUGGCCCCUUUUGUUGUACUUUGUCAUACACUGGUUAACGUAAAUGAUAAUGGUAUUUAUAAAAAGAUUCCUUUAUUUUGUUAUUCUAGUGAAUAUGGCAGUGGAGACCUAAACCUACUCUGAGAUGGCAUCUAAAUAAACCACCCGGUGGUAAUACUGUUAAUGUUUCCCCAGGUGAAAUGGAAACAGAUGAGCCAGAUGACGAGUCCAGCCAGGAUCAAGAGCUUCCUUCAGAGAAUGAAAAUAGCCAAUCAGAAGACUCUGCUGGAGGAGAUAAUGACUCCGAAAACGGACUUAGCACUGAAGAAACAUGCAAAGGACAAUCACUAACAGGACAAAAAAAACGACUGUUUACAUUCCAUUUUACCACUUUGGGCAAUGCCGAUAUCAGCUACAUCAAGGAUGAUACCAGAUACAUUAGAUUUGAUGAUCGGCAACUCCGGCUGGAUGGUGAGAUACAUUUUAUUUUCAGUUUGUACUCUAAAUGCUGCUUCCUAGUAUGUAAACAACCAAUUGAAUGAAUGUAUUCAGAUUUUCUAGAUCACCUGUUCUGUGUUAAAUAUUGAAAGAUUUAUUUUAGAAUUGCAUUAUUUGGCAUGGAGAUGUGUUUUUACUUUCUAGCGUACUAUUGUGAUAGUUCAAAUCCCAAAUUGUCUUAUUGAGAUUUUCUGUCCUAUUUUUUUAUUGUUUAUUUUGUCAUUGAAAAUGUGUGCACUUGUUACUUGAGGUUUUAUUUUUGUUAAAACAAAAAUGUCUAAUUACAGUCUAUUGAUUUUCAUCUCAGAAAGAUCAUACCUCGCCUUAGAUUGGGAUCCAAAAAUAAAGAAAAAAUAUUUUGAUGAAAAUGCUGCAGAGGUAGGUUCCCAAAUAUUUACUGACAAAGUUGGAUUCUUCAAAAAUCAGGGCCGUAUUUUGAGGUUACUUCUCUAUGGGAGUACACCAACACCUUUCCAAUUCUUUCAUUAGCUUUCUAAUGAAAGUAUCACAAGAAAUCAUCGGAGAGUGUCUUCAUUUAACACAUGUAUUGCUAACGUUUAGCGCAGCGAUAGGAAACGUCUUUGUUUUUUUAAGUAACCUUUAUUAUUAUUUAUGUUGAGGAAUGUAGCUGUUCUGUAUGGGUGCAAUAGACCCUUAGUGAAGUUUUUAAAAGUGUGUAUGUAUAGUCCCUAUAUACUGUGUUUGUUAUGUAUGUGUGUGGGAUGUCUGGGAAGUUAUGUGAGUGUGGGCUGUGUCUAGUGUUGUGUAUGGCAUUGUUAUUUUUCAUUCUGUGUGUGGUCGGGUUGGUUUGUAGCGUAAACGUGAGUUGUUUGUGGUAUUGUGUGUUUGUGGUAGGAGCUGUUUGUGAAGUUGUUUAUGUAUAUAUUCUUUGUAUUAUUGUGUAGGCUGCUUGUUGCCUUAUGCAUGUGUGUGCCAUUUUUUCAUGUGGACUCUUGUUUUGUGUGUUCUGCCUGAGGUGUGAAGUAUGUGUUUUGUAUGUGUGCUGCCUCUGAUAAGUAUGUGUAUGUGAGUUGCUUGCAGUAUUUGUGUGUAGUUUGGACUGUCUGUGAUGUUUGUGUAUGUCACCUGCCUGUUGUGAUAUUUAUUUGUGUGAGCUGCCUGGGGUUUUGAGUGUGUGCUGUGUUAUGUGAGUUGCUUAUAGUGAUAGGGGCUGUUUGUUAUGUGUGUGUAUAUGUGGAAUGUCUAUGGUGUAAUUUAUGGGGGAUGCUGUUUUGGAGAUUUUGUGUGGGUGCUCUCUAUAGUAUUAUGUGUUUAUUGUUUGUGAGGAAUGUUUCCAGGGGUGUUAUGGAGUUGCUCUUUACUAAAAUAAAUUCGCCAAAAACAUAUGUUUUGCCUUCUCUUCUCUUGUCCCGAGAGGAGUGCAGUAAUCCUUACUAAUACCUGGUGGGCCUGAGGUAUUGUAUUCUGCAGUGCAUCUUCCAUGGUUGCAUACCACUAGUGGCUCUUACUCCAAUCCAGUGUAAGAUGAUCAAGUAUGGUCUUGGUAACCAACGGCAACAUUUGACUCACUACUAAGAGCACCCUCUGAGGCUGAGACCACAGGUUUACUUGCAGUCCAGGCUCGCUGGGAAGGUCUUCUGACCUCCUCAUGUGACCCAUUUGGGUUGGCAGCUUUGUGUGCCAUGCAAAACAAUACAAAAUGCAAUUUUUGCCGACCCUUAGUUUACUGUAUUAAAUGCAAAGAAGAAGAAAAAAAUAGUAAAAGAAGCUCUAAAAACUGCUGUCAGUAACCUUUGUUUUACAUGGCUGUAAUCUAACAGUAAUGUAUUUAUAAAGGGAAAACAUCCAAUUAAGAGAGUGUUUAUUUACCAAAUAGUUUUAUUGCAUAUAACAGUUAUUUAUAGACUGUACUUGAAAAUAUAAACACAAAAAUCAAACAAAAAGUAACUAAUGAAAGGUUCACCUGAUCCAAACCUUCAACCUCCUAUUUAUUGGCUGACUAACCAGCUAAACUAAACUCUCUCAACACUAUCCUCAAUAGUUUGUUCCCCUACUGAUAUUCCUGAUGUGUAUAUUAGAGUAGAAAUAAACUUUGGCAGAUUCAGUAUGCAAGUUAGACUGUGGGAUCAUGCGUGCAGGGACCUCAUCUGCUUGAAUUCAUGUUUCACAAUGUAUUUCUUCAUUUUGUUUCCUGGUGUAUUGUAUUACAAAAUAUGUUAGGGCUGUAUAGGAGAACUGUUAUUUUUGUAGAAAUAACAGCAUUAAACGUACACCAUUAAGGAGCAAAUCAUCCAUCCUUUAACUAACCUGCAGUUUAUAAAACACAUAGAAUGAAUAUGUAGACCAGUUCAGACAGAAAUAUAUAACGACUUGUCCUGAUAAUGUAACCACACUGUUUAGAAAUUCUGUUGGCAUGUUAGCAUUGCAAAUACUUUGGUAUUUACUAAACCUGACUUUGAAGAGAAUUCACUUGACAAAAGAAUUACAAGUUUGGACCAAAAUAGCUGCUUAAGAAAUUCAGCUGAUUCUUAUAUUAUAAAACUAUUUGUAUUCCAUAUACAAUUGUAUUUAUUCCCUGAGAAUUUGGAAGAACUACUAAGGGAACCCACGUAUUGUAAGCCAGUAAUCCAAACUGCGAAACAAUACCAGCUGAACUAUAUCUGUUUUUCCAGUUUUAAUGGUUUGGGAUAUGCAUUCCUUUUUUUCACAUUUCUCAUUUUAGCAAAUAACCUCAAUGUUUUGUUUUUAAGUUUUUUUUUUUUUUUUAAGCAACACGUUUAUAGUUCAUCUUUUUGUGUUUGUUCUAGCUAAAUAUUAUUUGUAUUAACAUUUUAGGAUUUUGAAAAACAUGAAAGUGUGGAUUUUACUCCCCAGAAAAAGGCUUUUAUGAAAUUAAAAGAUUGCAUUGAGCUUUUUACUACCAAGGAAAAAUUAGGUGCUGAAGAUCCAUGGUAAGUGAAAUAACUCAAAAAACAAUAUUAAGAUGAUCUUGCUUAGAUUUCAAAAAAAAUAUUCUCUGUGAUAUUUGUUAGAAUUGUCACUUUCAAUAGAUAAAGAAUGGGUUGUAAACAUGUUAUGUGUGUAUAAGAGCAAUUUAUUAAGUGAUUCGAUAUAUCAGGUAACAGUCUAAGUACCAUAACCCCCAGAUCACUCGUCAGUGUCACAGGAGUGCUCUGUCACCUACACAAUGUAAAUAGUCAAAUUGUUUACCUUGGGGUCCCCUUACUUACUGCCUGCAUAAUAGAUCACCCAGGUCACUUCAUCUCAAUGUUUUUGAGAAACUGCAAUGUUUACUUUGGGGCAUUCUACGGAUGGGAAUAAAAUGUUGCCUUUUUAUAAAUCACUGGUAAGACCACAUCUUUAAUAUGCUGUGCAAUUUUGGGCAGAUGUUCUAAAGAAGGAUAUUAUGGUACUAGAAAAAUUUGCAGAGGAGGGCUACAAAAUUAAUAAAAGGAAUGGAGCAUUUUAGUAACAAGCCACACCAUAAACAGCCUAUCCUCAAAAUAUGAUACAACAAGCAGCCAGCCGUACACAUGCAUCCCCACAAACACACAAGACCACAAGCCGCCUCCAUACACACACACACACUCCCAGCCCUGUCUCACAUAUUAUCCAACAGCCUGCAUGAUGGAUAGAUGGAUAGACGCAAUGAGGAAAUUUGGGAAGCCUUGGCGCUGCAAGGGUAAAUAUGGCCCUGGUGGUAUUGCGACAUAAGUAGGAAGGAAAGGUCUGGGUGAUAUUUGAUUGGAAAGAGCUGAAAAUAAUGGGAAGGGAUUAUGGUCAGAUGUGAGGGACCAGUAAGGGGAUUGAUUUUAUGUAGUGUAAAGGAAGGUCCUUGUUAAAAUGCAUAUCUUCAGGAGUUUGUGAACAGAUAGAGAGAGGUUGCUGAUUGGAUGUGACAAAGUAGCUCAUUCCAGUAGUAAAGAACUAUGAGUGAAAGUUUGUUACAUGGUUAUCUAGGUUAAAAAAAGAUUCGGGUUCAUUGAUCAACCUUUCAAGGUAGAAGAUAGAAUGCAAUUUGUAGCAAUUGCGAACUGUAAUAUAGAAAGGGGAAAAUUCCUCCUCCUAUCUCCUUCUUCAGCAAGCUGUUAAUUGUAAACUCAACUAUAACUCAACUGUAUGUGGUUGGGGUAAGGGCUGUGGAGGUGAGGAAGCAAACGGAUAGGUAUGAUAUAGCAGGCAUGUUGAAGAGACUACAGGUAGAUGUGUUUUAAAUUUGCAGAAGCGUAAUAAUAUGAAUAAAAUUUCAAAGCAGUCAGUACGCGAAUGUCAUAAAGAUUCUAGUUUUAUGAAGUACAAACACAUUUUUGGUGACCAAGCCACUCCAAAAUGUGACACAAAAUAGAGUCAUGUGAUUCAUGGUAAUAUAACGUAUAUUUUUCCCAAUUCAUUUAUGAAUGAACUUUACCAUUUUUCUUACAGUUUCCAUUUAGCAUAACGGGAUAGAGUAAAUUAUUCUGAGAACGAUUGAAUGCCUUCUUAUGUUAAAAGGUGAAAUACGACGGGAUAUACCUUUUGCAUCAUUUUUGUGUUAUGGUUGUUAUUACGUGAUUUCAUGUUAUUCCUUUCUUGUACUAUCGAAAAUCACUGUGAAAAUUAAGAUUGUUAAAAAAAAAAAAAAAAAAACUUUUUAAUCACAUAAAAAUGUUUUAUUUAUCAUCUUAGGUACUGCCCAAACUGUAAGGAGCAUCAACAAGCAACCAAAAAAUUAGACCUUUGGUCUUUACCUCCAGUCCUUGUUGUCCACCUAAAGCGGUUUUCCUACAGUAGAUAUAUGAGAGAUAAAUUGGAUACCCUAGUUGAUUUUCCUGUAAGGUAAAAUAACCUACAUCAUUUUAUUAUUAAAUAAUUAAUCCAUAAGAGUUUAUUGGUUAAUUUAACAGUUCAUCACAUCUGCAAUUAUCAUGCAAUAUGUCACUUUUUUCCUGUAAAUGUCCAUUACCAGAACAUGUUUUUUGUUUUUCUUUAAAAUGUCUACUUCCUACAUUGUGUAAAUAUGCAGUUCCUGUAAGAUUUAUAGUUUAUUUACUACAGAGGAUUAUCUAGAAUUGUUACUAUAAACCAUAUGAUUUUCUUUGCUGUUUGUUGGGGUGGGGGAUUGAGAAUGGGAAUGCAGUGGGAUUGAUAUAAAAUAAUAAGAUAUGUGUUCCUUUGUAAUCUUUUCCAGGGGGGUUAUUUUCUACAGGCUGUAAUUGUGGCAGGAAACACUGCUAAAAUUAUUUGUUGCAAAUAGGUUUGUUUUGUUCACAGUAUUUACUGUCAUCCAUAUUGGGAAAAAACAAAAAAGAACCAAUCAAAACUGAAUUUCAGUGAAACCGAAAUGACUCAAAUUAGGAAAACUUAAUUGUGGGGUAAUUUCCUAACAAUUUCCUAACUAAAAUAUAUACAUAGGAAGAGGCAGUCAGAUUAUCUAAACAGCAGCUAUCACAUUGACCAUUAAAUCAAUAUGGAUUCACAGCUUAGCACAUUGAUUCUUGGUCACCUACUAUACUUAUGGUUCCUAACCAGACGAGUGCUGGGGAUUUUGAAAUCUUUUCAACCACAUGGGAGUUAAAAGAAAAGAACAUGGAAUAUGUUCACUAAAUGGUGUAGUCCUUCUCAGAAUUAUUGGCUCCGUAACAAAUUGAAUUGUAGGUAAACUAUGUAACCUUGGAUUCCUACACUGUAGGACAGGUUACAGAAUAAAUGGUAGUACCUCUUCUCUCUAACUUUAUGAGUCCAACAAAAUAAAUGAAGUUUUAUUUUGUAAAGGUAAUUUAAUAUUUUCUGUAGUUGUUUAUUUAUUGUGAAUGAGGAGCAGACUUCCUGUUUACACACACAUUAAAACUAACCUUUAAAAUGAAGUAAUUUUAAGUGUUUUCUUUUUUUUGUUUCUUCCAACAGUGACUUAGACAUGUCAAAAUUCCUCAUUAAUCCAAAUGCUGGUCCUUGUUGCUACAAUUUAAUUGCUGUAUCUAACCACUAUGGAGGAAUGGGAGGCGGACAUUGUAAGUUACUGAUUUUUAAAUUUAUAUAUAAUGUAUCCUAUGUCAGGGAAUCCCAAUAUUGUCAAAGAUAUACAUGAGGAAAAAUUGAGACUGCCGAUCUUUGGCAAUGGUGGAGUUUCCGCUGCCUCGUCUCACCAUUUUUCACGUGUGGGAAAGUGCGGUGGUGAUAACAGUUCCUGGUGACGUCCUCAGGAGUUGAGCAAGCAUGGCAUUGGGAAGAUAGUGGCAUAGAGGAGGCAGAAUUUAAGGAAAGUUUAUAUCUGCAAUUUGGGCAGACUAGAUGGGCCGAAUAGUUCUUAUCUGCUGUCACAUGUUUCUAUCCCUAGCUGCUCAACCCCCAGCCACCAACACACAAGCAAAUUGGUCACCUUGGAGGGUCUUUGAAAAAUAUUUUAAGAUCCAAAAAGUGACAAUGCCAUUUUAAAUCUCACUGUCUUUAGUUUUUUUUGCUUGAUGUAAAGCAAAUAAGUUGUGGCAUUCUAAACAUUGCAUAAUCAGAAGAACAACAGAUUCUGAAGACUGUGAGAGUAGUGCCUAUCCAUAAAAGUGGUGACACUACUUUGGUUUCUAACUAUCGCCCAAUAUCAUUGCUCCCGGUAUUGUCAAAAAUCUUAGAAAAAUGUGUCCAUACGCAACUAUGUGAGUACUACCAACAAUCAUACUAUCUGACCCCUGAUCAAUCGGGCUUUUGCCAGAAUCACUCCACUACAACUGCCCUCUUAAAAGUUUGCAAUGACAUCCAAACUGGCAUGGAACAAGGAGACCUAACUGGAGCUAUUUUCCUUGAUUUUGCUAAGGCCUCUGCACAAACUCAAAAACUCAGGUAUUGGUGAUCGUUCGCCAACCUGGUUUCGAUCGUAUGUAUCGGAUCGCUCGCAAUAUGUCUUCAUUUCUGACAGCGACUCCCUCCCUCUCCCAGUCACGUGUGGUGUUCCCCAAGGUUCCAUUCUCAGCCCCCUACUAUUUACAUUAUUUAUAAAUGAUCUGCCUAAUGUCUGCAAAUCCUCAAAUGUACACAUGUACGCAGAUGACACAGUAAUCUAUACGAGCAAAUCCAAUCUACCGCAGCUUGAGGCUGUGCUCCAAGACCAGUUUACAGAGGUAGAAAAGUGGAUCACAAAAAACAAACUCUUCCUGAACACUGACAAAACUGUCACAAUGAUCUUUGGAACAGUACCUAAAUUACACAAAUUACACAAUUCCCACCUAUCCAUCAAAACAAAUUGAAAUGGCACACUGACCGCAGUCCACUCUUUCAAAUACUUGGGUAUGAUGUUAGACCCCAAUCUAUCUUUUGGCCUGCACAUAUAAAAACUUGCAUCUAAACUUUAUCCAAAACUAGGUGCCCUGUACAGAAACAAAUCCUGCCUAAGACCUACAGUAAAGGAAAAGAUUGUACAGCAAAUGCUGAUGCCAAUCAUUGAUUAUGAGGAUGUAGUAUAUGCAUCUGCAUCGCAAUCCCACAUUAAUAAACUCAACACAUUGUAUAACUCGUUCUGCCGAUUUGUGCUACAAUGUAAUUACAGGACUCACCAUUGUGACAUGCUAAAAGAACUAAACUGGCUGUCGCUGGAAUCCAGACGCACCCUUCAUCUUUCCAGCCUUGUGUUUAAGAGUUUCUCUGGGAAACUCCCACCCUACCUGAACAAAAUGCUUUCCCCAUCUGUUCCCACUUCCUAUAACCUCCGAUCCAGUACCAACUCUUUACUUAGUCUAUCUCAAUACAAAAAGAAAGCAGCCCGAUCCUCCUCCUCCUACAAAGCGCCGCAAUUGUAGAAUGACCUCCAGCACAAUUUAAAAUCUUCCCUAAGCCUAAAGUCCUUUAAGAGAUCCCUCUCUACAUACCUCAAAACAGAAUGCACCAGUCCUGGUUGAUUAUAUAUUUCCUACCUGUUCUAUGUAAAAUUUUAUAUUUAUUGUGUAUUAAUAUUGUUUUUGUAUUUUAUUGUACCAUAAUGUAACAAUGCAAUGAUUUGUGGACCCAGGACAUACUUGAAAACGAGAGAAAUCUCAAUGUAUCGUUCCUGGUAAAAUAUUUUAUAAAAAAUAAAAUAUUUUAUCAAUAAAUAAAUCAAUGUCUCUUGGCUUCCAAAAUGUAGUGGGUCUAUCAAUGGUGAUACCCCCUUCCCAUUCACACUGUAUGGGAGACUGUAAGCCUCAAUCUGUACAAUACUGAUGUAUGACAACCAGAUCUAAUGGAUGGUUAUAGAGGCUCAGGGUAUAUAAGCAGGCUGUAGAUGCCCCUUGAAAAUACAAGUGCCUGGUGGUUAUGUCCAGACAGUUGUAUAUGGGCUUUGCACCGACAUAGUCACCAUUUUAAUCUGCUGUCAUAAUGAUGUCAUUAUAAAAAAUAGCUCCUCCAAUAAUACCAGAUAAUGUGUGGCAAAUGACAAUUUGCAGGGUAUUUUAGCUACAUUGUUUCAGCUUUACACAUCUUAGAUAUUAAAAAAAAAAUUCAGUUUGUCCUUGUGUACGAAGAUGUUUAUUGGAAGUCUUGCAUAAAAUUGGUCAUUUUUAAAUACACCCCCAACCCACAAGCUUUGCAAAAAUGACCAAAAGGGUAAAAAAAAAUCUAUUUACAAACAAUAAAUUAUGUUAAACUUUCCAAAUGACUUAAAAAUUUUUAAUGUUAUUGAAAAAAAAAUUUACACUACUUUCCUAUUUUAAUUUUAUAUAUAUAGAUAGGGUUUUUUUUUUAUAUGCUAUAUUUUUGAUCUUUUAAUAUGUUGAAAAACAUAAUUUUAAAAGUUUAUCCAAAAUAUUAAAUCAUUUGGAAAGUUUAUCCAGAAUAUUAAAUCAUUUGGGAAGUUUAUCCAACAAUAUUAAAUUGAGGCCUAAGUAUAUAAUAUAUUUUAACCAUUUGCAGCAGUCUGAAAUAAAAAGAUUGGUAUUUUAGCUAUUGUGCUUUUUUUUUCUUCAUUAGAUACUGCUUUUGCUAAAAAUAAAGAUGAUGGAAAAUGGUACUAUUUUGAUGACAGCAGUGUGUCACCUGCAUCUGAGGACCAAAUAGUGGCAAGUAUUUUAUUUUUGAUCAAAUGGAAAACUAUAAAAUUAUUUUUGAAGUAGACAGGCAGACAGAUAAAGAAAUAAUUUAAACACUCAACCUCAAUAUUAUACUUUUGUCUUGGUACAAUCGUGUAUUCAUAUAAAACAUAACAAAAAGUGAACUCACAGGACUCAUGAUUGUUACAUUUAAGUUUUUACUGUAACAUGAUCAACAUUUUUUUUGAAAUAUUGAUCACAUGUUGUAGCCCCUUUUUGUAUAUACACAAAUAUAUAUAUAUAUAAUAAGAAAUAUGCCUGUCACUCCCAGGACGGGGGGUGUGUGUCUGUCUGUCUGUCUGUCUCACACUCACAAAGAGUGGCUCUGCACCAUUUUUGUUCCUGAAGAAUGUGUUCUAGCCCUACACUAGUCAUAUAGUGACUGAGCUGUCAGGAAUGCUUAAAAGCAUUUGUAUUCAUCUGGCUUGAAGCGGCAAGUAGGGACUACUUUGUCUUCUGUAUAUUUUCUGUGUCAAAGAAAGUACUCACCCUUUUCCUUGAUACAGGAAAUGGAACUGACUUUAGCUCCUCCUUUGGUCAAAGAAAGUCAAGCGUAGGAAAAAUACAUAAGACAAAGUAGUUCCUACUUUAUCUUUAUGUUUUAAAGAAAACUAGAUCAGAAAUAAAGAGAAGAACAACAGAUUCUGAGAGAGGAAGAGAAAAGGAAACGGUGCUGCUUUAUGUUUGGAAUCUACCAUAAACAAGAUCACAAGGCCCAUGGACAAAAAUACUACAAAAGCCUCAUUUUACCAUUUAAAACAAAAGAAAAGGGGAAGGAAUGAAAACAGACUUUUUAUGUUGGCAAUCUAUAUCUACAUGUUGACCUGAAACUGUUAUAAUUUCUGGCAAAUGCAGUUGAAUACAGUGUAAAACAGUCUUUGUAGGAGUAUUCUUUACAUUUAAGGAUACAUUGUGCAUUAUUAUAUUGGACACAUUGUCCUUGUACAAUAUGUUGGUUGUUUUCAUUUUCUUUAAUUUAAUUAAGUAGCCAUCCAUUAACAACAAUAUUGCCUUUUGACAAUAUUUUUCCAGUAAAUAUAAUAGAUUUUUUUUGUUUGUUUUACAGUCCAAAGCAGCUUAUGUGCUUUUCUAUCAGAGACAAGAUACGAUGAGCGGAACUGGCUUUUUUCCACUAGACCGAGAACCUAAACAAAGUGCUUCAGCUGCCAUUGGUGUACCGCUGGAAAGUGACGAAGAAUCAAAUGACAAUGAAAAUGAUAUAGAGAAUGAAAAUUGUAUGUACACCAACUAGUUAAAAAAAAGGCCAGUGAAGCCAUAAGUAGAAUAAAAUAAAUAAUACUAUUAAGAUGUAAUGUCUGCCAAAAAUAUAUAUUUUUUUUUUCCUGUAAUUUUUUUUCAUAUAUUGUCCAAAAUGGGGAAUUUCAGCUAACAGAAUGUAAACAUGUAUUUUUGAAUAGUUUUGUUGCCAAGUUCCAUAAAGGGGUAGUAUAAUGGAAACUGUGAACAAAAUAGGCUCUGCUCAUUUUCAUCUUGUAUUUACAAGCUGAAACUGAAACCUACAAAGAUUUUUUUUAUUAUUAUUAUUAUUAUUUUUGCUCUUUUAAAUAAUUGGUAUUUAUAAUGUUGAGUUAUUGUAUGCUGUUAAUAUUUAAAUAGGUUUAGGAGCCUUCAUGUCACCUCUCUCCACAGGGCAUUUUAGGCUUGUUGUGGAAAAUUCAUUGUAAUUAAAUUGCCAAGAAUUUCAAGCAGAGUUUAAUAGACUUACUUUUAAGACACAACCGACAGGCAAUCUUGCAGCUCGAUGCAAAUUUCUUGCAAAGACAAUUCUAUUUUUUUUUUCUGUCUGUUUAGCCUGGAAGAUAAGUAAAGUUAGAUUAAUUUAGGAAUUAUUUGUUAGGAUAUUUUCAUUUUUUUUGUUUGCUAUGUAACAUGCGUGGUUCCUUUUGCCCUUAUUUUGCAUACCUACAAAAAAGCAAAACAGCUCAAGGACCCUUAUACAUAUUUAUAUAAAAACUACUUCUCUGGAAUCAGUGCAAGCUGCUUGACAUCUGAAUAAUAACAAUAUUGUGAACUAGCAAAGGUGUUUUAGCCUUUUUAUAUUGUUUCGUGGUUUUUUGUUUUUGUUUUUUUUAAUAUUAUGUAAUGCUGUGUAAUGGAUUUGGAAUCUCAUGCUUUGUCAAAACAAAUUGCAGCUGAAUGUACGUUUCCUUUGUCACGUGUUGAAUUCCUGUUACAUUGUUUAAAAUGGGUGCAAAGUUUAUGAUCUCCUGUAAGUCGAUUGUUACAUUUUUGUGUUGUAAGUUUUUCCCCAGGGAGAUUACUUUAGUAGGAGAAUUCUGCAUUCUCCAGACACUGUAAAUGUAAAGUUUAUAUAAAGGCACAUGGUGCCGGUGACAAUGACUGUGGACUAAUCUUAAAUGCAUUAUUUUUCUUUGAUUUGCCUUUUGAAAGGGUAAUUCUGGUGAAUUUUCAUUGUGUGCUCCCUUUAUAAAUCACCAUGGCCUUACAACUCAUCUCAAAGAAUUGUUAUAAAAUAGGACAACCGGCAUUUUUGCAUGUUCAAUUAACAGAACCUGUACUUGUGUAUAUUGCGUACAAGCCUUGAAUUUAUGUUGGCUAUCUGCAUACAAGGGUCCAGGAUGCCAAAAAAAAAAACUCAAAACAUGGAACAUUUUAUAAAACAACUUCUUAAUUUGCUGCUUUACCUGUGAUCUUGUUUGAAGAAUGUAUCAUUGUUUUGUAUACUGCCUAAGACAGGAGCUUCAUGAGUGUUGGGAGAUGCUUUACAUAUCUUACUACCUGAAGAGUUUUACUGUCCUGCUCUAUAAAGAAAGAAUUAUGAUAUUCUUCACUUGAACUAAUGUAAUUAAAUACAAUAGGUUUUAAAUUGUGUAUUGUAAAUAAAAGUUCACUCUGUGAGUGCACAUUUUGGUAAAUUAUUUUAUUUAUACAUUAGCAUUAAAAAUACAAUUCAAUGCAUUUGGCCAGGACAAAUGGCUUUGCUAUCUAGCUCAGUAUAAAAAGCUAAUGAAAUCUAUCCUGGUAUUUUAAAGCUGCUUUGUUUUUGUUUUUUUGGUUUUUUUUGGUUUUAUGUGAGAUGUUAACCUUCUGCAUGAUGGAGGUAACAGGUUUGUCUGCACUUUAAGUUCACUUGGUUUACAUUUAAAUUGUGCAUGAUUAUUUAUUUAUAUAAAUUUCAAUAAAGUUGUUGAAGGCCUUAA